GACCGAGGCCGCAUGUGUCGGGACCCUCCCCCUCCGACGCGCCCCUGCCAGGGGUUCUCUCCGGGCGGUGAUCUGCCCGCCACGGCCGCUGCCAUCUCGGUGUCUCGUUCUCCUGGGUCCGGAGGCCGAAGGCAAGGCGGGUACCCCGGCAGCUGAGGGUACCUGAGGCCGAGGCUUCACGCGGCCUGGACUGAGGGAUCGUUCGGAGCUUUGAUGAGAGCUGGUUCUCCUCGGUUGUCCCAGCCCGGCUGCCCUUGGUGCUCCCCACCGUGCCCUUCUUGCCUCACCCCAACCCCGGGAACUGAGAACCCCCCGGAAAGGUCUCCCUGCCGGGGGACAAGGUAGAAAGCAACUGGUGUCUCCGCGAUGACUCGGGUAGCCCGCGUCUCUGGAGUCUUGGCCUUUACUCCCCCUCGGUCUUCUAGCGAAUCCCCUUCUUGGAUUCGUAGGGAACCCUAGGCCUGUUCUGCCAUCAGUCUGUCUUCCUGUGAUGCCUGGAGAGUAUCCUCUCUUCUGAUAGUGGGUCGCUUCCUAGAAAAGACGACUCUGCAGAGAGUGGGACCCUUCCUGUCACCUCUCUUGGCCUAAAUGCUCCAUUGCGCGUCUGACCAGUAGCUAAAGCCUGGGAUUUUAGUACUGAAAUACUGCCGAUCACAGUAGAUUGUUCUCUUAUCCCUAUCUUCCGGUCCUCUUUCCAUCUCUCUUGCUCCACCUGAGGUGCUUUGGACUCUAGGCUGUCAAGAUUUAAUUGUAAGGGAUCACACUUUCCUCUGUCAAGAGUCCUGUGAGCAGUAGGACGCCUUUUUUCUUCCUGUGUGAGUGUAGACUAAUUUUACUUGUUCUUGUAUUUUUUCCAAAGGUUUGUUGGCAGUGCAGGGGGCGGGUGUCCUUGUUGCUGUCAGGAGUAGGGCCAUGGGAAGAUGCACAGGCAUUCAGAUAUGAAGUGUUUGCUGGGAAACCAGGAAGUGGCUUUUGAGAUCACUUUUUAAUAUGCCCAGGAUGGAAGAAAAAAAAUCAUCUUGGACCAGGUAACAGAGGUUUGAACCUUUUUGGGUUCCCUUGCCUAUGCUUGGCUAGUUACUUGUAGCAAUGUGCUGUAUUGUGUGUUCAGAAUAAUUCACAUUGUUUGUGUGGUCUUGGUAGAAAUAGAGAUGUUCUAGUUUCUAUGAGAAUCUACUUGCCAGAUUCAAAAUUAUUCUCUUCCUAGUCUUUAGGAUCACGUCGAUAGUAAUUUAGUAAAUAUUGUAGACUUUUUUUUUUUUUUUGUGGUGGAAUAGAGACAGGCUAGAUAAAAAUCUUCUAGAAAACCUUUCUUUUUUGGGGGGCGGGUUUAAGGGUUUUUUGUUUUGUUUUGUUUUUUGCCAGUGAUUGGUAAUAGCUGACUAAUCACAUGAUUGAUAUAUUAGGAUAUUAAAAGGUAAAAAUAAGUGAUAGGAAAACAUAGCCUUGAUGGCUUUUGCAUCUUUGCUGAAGCUAUAGUGUAUAGUGUAAUCUUUUUGAUGUUGUUUUUCGAGAAGGGUUCCUCUUCUGUGUAGGUCUGGCUAUCCUAGAACUUGCUCUUUGACCAUGCUGCUGGCCUCAGAGAUUCUCCUGCCUUUUCCUUCUGAGUGCUGGGAUUAAAUGCUUGCACUAUCACUGCUCCUCUCUUCCACAUUGUAAAUCUUACACCUGUGUAACUCCUUGCUGAGAUCUUCUCAGAGAUCCUGACUGCUUGCAUGUGAGAGUGUUGGGAUCAGCAAGUGCUUUGACAGGUAGUCAUGAUGUUGUAGAUCAGGUGGGGUCCAAGUGCUAGGUAAGGGUCUGACUAAAAGACCCUUUGGGGAUAGAAGAAGGAAGAUAGAGGGCCCAAAUUUUAGUUUGUGUCUUUUUUCUGAGACUGUCUCUGGAAGUCACUAUGUAUGUAAACCAGGGUGUCCUCACAGAACCUGUCUGCUUUUACCUGCUUUAAUCCCAAAUGCUGGGAUUAAAGGUAUGUGCCACCAUGCUUGGCCUCCAACUUUAGUUUCUUGAAUCUUCCCUUGGUCCUAAGUGCUCAUUGGCCUGUGAGUAAGUUGCUUGGAGUGUGUAUCUCAAAGGGCUGUAGUGAUAGGAGACCUUGUUGUGGCUGGAGUUGAGAACUUAUCUCUGAGUGAGGAGGGGAGUGUUUCCCUAGAUGCAAUGUGUCAGUGACUAUCCACAAAAACAACUAGGUAUAUGUUCUAGGGGCUAGCUUUGCAGAAUCUCUUUGUAGAAUCAGCCUGGAGCACUGUCCUCCAUUUCUUGCUGAGGGGUGCCCGGCCAUUUGCAUUGUCUCUGUGAUUGUUCAGGGCCCAGGUAAGAGCCGCAUGUUGGUGCAGGGAUCUCUGCUCUUGCUCUGAUCUGCCCAGUUAUGAGCUCCACCACUUGGUAAUUGACACAUAUUUAGGAUGUUCAUGGAAAAAAUACAAAACGGGGACAGAGUUGAAGAGUCAACACUAAAAUUAACCCUCUUUAGAGAGAAGUGACAGAGAAUGGUGUCAUGUAAUGCUUACCUUUAUGAGUAUGCAAUUAUGGCUAACAAAUUUAGCUAUUGGCUUAAAAAAAUCAGUGCCAGGCAGCUGACCUAAAGUCCACAGUCUCUGAGGUUAGGAACAUCUGACUGACCAGCUCCUUGACCAAGGAAGUCUCAGGAAGAUAGCCAUCCUUGGUCUGUGUUCAAGCCUCAGCAGCAGCAACCACUGACCUGCCAAGUCUGUACUUCAGGAAGGCCCCUCUCUCCAAAAGACAGCUAACGGACUUCGAGAACUGUGGAGGCCUCACGCACCUCAGUGUGUUUGCUCAGCUCAACAUGUUGACAGUCUCUGAACUAUACUGUACAUCUGUUUGUCUUAUGAAUAAAGGUGAAGGGUAUGACUUACUCUUACGCAAAAAUCAUAGUGAGUUCCCAUUUGGCCAGUAACAGGGUUCUUAGUCCUGUGGUGCCCUUGCUGUUUGAAGAAAGUCUGGGCCAUGUCUUCCUGAGAGAUCAGCUCCUCAUAUAUGUUCCAUGUCUUGCCCCCUUUCCUAGAGAAGAGUCCUUCUUUUCUGAAUUUUGUUUUCAACUCUUGAGCCUAUGAUUCAGGAGUUGCCUCUAAGUCCCCAUUUUCUCAAGAAGUCCUGUGCUCCAGUCCUGAAGGCCAGCUGUGGAAUGGCCUAAUGGGAACAUUAGUGACUGAGAAAAUCACAGGUGGCUUGAGAUAUGUCUGUGGGGAAUGUGAGUGUGACCUUAUGGUUAACAUAUUUCACUUUUAAAGACAGUGGAAAGACAGACAGAACAGUCUCAUAGCUAAAUAGUGAAAUGGUGGUUCAAGAUGGGACCUGCCAAAGGCAGCUUUGUAGCCCUGGUUACAGAGCAGUGGGAGGACAGAGAAGGCUUGGUGAAGGAGGACUCAACCACUGCUGGGCUCUGGAACAGAUGUCAAGAGCUGCUGUCUUCCUCUCACUCUUCCAGAAGCAGACACCAUGGCCAUCAUUUCCUACUUGGAAUCACUUGCCUCUGCUGGCCGGCAAGUUCCUUGCAGCAAAGGGACUGGGACUGGUGGACAGUCCUGGAAGAGUUCUCUCCAGACCCAGGUUCAGCUCUGGAAGGGCUGCAGUGGCCUACAUGAGUUGUUCUGGAAGGAUUUCUUCAGGAAUUUGUGCAGGGUGGAUUGUAUGAACUUUUUCAGCUGUCUACACCCCUACUUAAUUUGCUAAGGAGAGAUGUACACCCCUAAUUAAUUUUCGGGGUACCCUGACAGUGUGUUUUGUUCUUCCCAGUAGCCCCAUAAAGGGAGGUGAGAUGAAGCCAGUCUCCAUUUCUGACAGCAUAAUGCUGUGGCUAGGAGAGGACAAGAUGCUUUUGUUUCUUAGUGAUUUCAUGUAAGGUGACUAGCCCAGAGUUAGGUACUUCGAGUUAAGUGACAGCACUUAUGACAUGGAAUAGUAUCAGGUUAUGGUUGAGAAAUGAAGACAUGACCUUGGACAAAGCAUGAAGCAGGGGUAAGCUGGUGUGAAGAGGGAGGGAUGCAGUGUGGCAGUGUGCUCUCAUGCUGGCCUUGCUGAUGCCCUGGCUCAGAGUACCCUUUGCAGCCAACUUAUGUCAUUGUCAGGGUGUAGAAGGGUGUCAUGAGCUGAUGGCAUUGCUUGAGUAGGGUAGGCUUGACCUGCUAGUCUUAGGUGAUCAGAGCUGGGUGAGAGUUCCUGUUAGCAUUGCAGGGGCUCUGUCUUUGUGUCAGUGGAUGUGGAACUUUGCCUGUGUCUUGCUUUCUGCUGAAAGGUGAUAGCUCUUUUGACACUAACUUAAAAUGCCAGUGAUCCUGUCAGAAAGGAUACAGGAGUUGAGUGUGUUAGCUCUGCUGGGUCCUCCACAUUGGUAUCCCUGUUCUUUGCUGGGAUCAGCAUUCAGGAGAACAGCAGAGUGGCAGUUCUGACUUGGGAAUCAGGUUUUGUUUGAUGUUUUGUCUCCCUGAGGAAGGUAGACUUUGUCCUCAGUGAGUUUUUAGAUGGUCUCAAAGCUGGGAGUUUGGUCUUGAGGCCUGGAGAGCUGUCCCAACACUAGCCUAGAGGAGAGGACUUUUGUCCUGGACAUAGAUCUAAAAGGGCCUUUAUCCCAGCACUCAGGAGGCAGAGGCAGGGGAAUUCCAGGACAGCCUGGUCUACAGAGUGAGUUCCCGGAAAUCAGGGCUAUAUAGAGAGACCCUGUUCUGGGUCAAAGGGAGUAUGUAUUAUCCCUUGAUCAAUGAUGUUGCUGGUUGUGGCAGACAGACACCUCAAGGUGCCAGGAUCAGAGUUGAUGACCCGGCAUCCUACUCCUGCAGUCCUCAGUACCUCUUGACCCCAAACUGGCCCCAGAUUGAGUGUGCUGGGGGGCCUUCUGCUUCUCAUGACAGACUCCUUCUGAAGCUGCUCCUGGGGGCCACUCCUUUUCAUUUCCUGGGAGUGUACUGUCCUGAGCCUGGCUCUGUAAUUGGUUGUGAGAAUGGGCCGCUGCGGUUGAGGUUCAUUAAGCAGUAAGCAGGCGGUGUGUUCUCUGGUGGCCUGGCCAAGUCUGCACUCCUUUCAUUCUCAGGGCACAAAUGUCCCCUCGUGUAGGAUCUUAGGAAGUGGGGCUCAUUUCCUGAGUGAGGUAAACCUGUGCUACGCCUAAGCUUCCUUCCAGUCUCAGGUCUGGAAGCCCAUGCAGUUACACAUCUUCAUGAGCCACUGAGAGGUGGCUGAGUAAGUUGACUAGCCAUUUCUCUGUAGUGCUUAUAGUACUUGGGGUGGUAGGCAGACUUGAGUGCACCCAGUUUCUGCCCUUGGGAAUGUGCAGUCUGCCAAGGGGGCCAGAAUGGUGUGCUGUGUGUGGAUGUCUAAAAGUGUGUGUAUGUGUGUACAUGCCUAUGUGCCUGAUGGUGGAAAAUUGCAAGUGAUGAUGGCACAUCUGUGAAGAUCAGAGGACAGUUUUGAGGAGUCAGUUUUCUCCCUUCAUGUUUGUGUGGUUCCAGGGGAUGCUAGGCUUGUGCUAUAGUGCUUCUACUUACUGAACCAUCUUGCCAAUCAAAGAAUUCUUUUAAAAAGGUGUGUGUGUGUGUGUGUGUGUGUGUGUGUGUGUGUGUGUAAGUUUUUUUGAGACAGGGUUUCUCACUCUAUGUAGCCCUGGCUAUUCUGGAACUCUCAGAGAUCCAUCUGCCUCUGCCUCUGCCUCUGUCUUCUGAGUGCUGAAAUUAACCACUAAUCACCUGGCUAGACUUUUUUUAUUAACAAAUUAUUUUCUUUCUUUCUUUCUUUCUUUUUUUUUUGGUUCUUUUUUUCGGAGCUGGGGACCGAACCCAGGGCCUUGCGCUUCCUAGGUAAGCGCUCUACCACUGAGCUAAAUCCCCAGCCCCGUCAAAUUAUUUUCUUAAAAGAUGACUUUAUAUGGAUUAGUGUUUUGCCUGCGUAUGUGUAUGUUCAUCAUACAUGUGCUUAUAGAGGGUUGUGAGCUACCAUGUGGGUUCUGGGAACUGAACUCAGGUCCUGUGUAAGGAGAGCCUUGGAACCAUCUCUCUAGUCCAAGUUUGAAUUCUUUUUUGUUUUGUUUCUGAGGUAGGGUCUCUGUGUAGUCCUGGAACUCGUUCUGUAGACCAGGCUGGCCUCCAGCUCACAGUGAUCUGCCUGCCUCUGCCUCUGCCUCUGCCUCUGCCUCCUGCCUCCUGCCUCCUGCCUCCUGCCUCCUGCCUCCUGCCUCCGAGUGUUCACAUUAAGUGUGUGUGCCACCAUCAUCUGACCCAAGCUAGAAUUCUCAAGAGCAUGAAAUGGCUCUCUGGAAUACUCUGUCUUCUGGAAGUUCAGAAUUCAGUGCUUUAUAGCAGGUGCAUGCGGUUAGCUCUUGGUUUGUUUCUACUAUGAGGGGAACAGACUUGGAAGGAAUAAUCAGGUUGGUCAGUCACUGAGCAGUCUAUCUCAUGUACAUUUCAAUUCAAGCUCUUGGAGCGAGCUGGAGAGCUUGGAUAUGGCUAAGGGUCAUACUGCAUUUUCUUUUUUUACUUUGGCAUCUUGCUUUUCUCCCUGGGCUAGCCUAGAGCUCCUGCCUCAGCCUUCCGUUUGAUAAGUGAGCCCUCCAUCUGAAAUGGUGUGAUAGUGUGUGGAUGUAAAGGAAGGGCAGGAAUUCUGGGAGAAAGCCCUACUGCUCUUAGGGUUGUCUUGGAUUGUGUGGUGGCCAUCUAGUUCCCUAAUCUUCCAUGGUUCUCUAUGGAUUGUUGAAGAGAGCAUCACUUCAGGUGAGGUGAUGUGCCCUCUGGGGAUGCAGGCUUGCCAGGCAGCUCUGGUUCCAGCUUCUGAGUUGCUGGAGUUUCAGCAGUUUCCUAGAUCCAGCUACUGGAGCCACAGGGAAGCCCAGGGCCAUCAAAGUUCUGGCAGGCCUUGGUGAAGCAUGCCUUUAAUCCCAGUACUUGAGAGGUAGGGGUAGGCCAAUCUCUUAGUUCCAAACCAUCUUUGUCUACAUAGUGAAUUUCGGGCCAGCCAGGGUUACACUCAAACUUAGUCUCAAAAUAAAUACAUUUAAAAAAAAUGAUUUCCCUUGAGCUCAGAGGUAGGCGUGAUGUCUUGUGUUGGCAGAAGCAGUUAACAAGCCAGUGCCACUAGUGGCUUCCAUGCACUAAGAGCAUUUGCUUGCUCUUUUAGCCUGAAGGUGGGCACUUGUCUUCAACUAAGGGGCCAGGAAAGACUAAGCAAUCUGUGGGUCUCAAACCAGAGCUGGGUGACCCUGAAGCAAGUGGGCCUUCAGUGAGAGCUGAACUUUAUUUCAAAGGCUCCCACCAUAAAGCUCUGAAGUGUUUAGUUUGCAUUUCUGUUCACUUCCCUAUUCAUGCAACUUUUCCCCUUUUACUUGAAAAAAAAUUAAGAGAAAUUUCUUUUUACGUGUCAGAGUGGUGUAUGCCACAUUGGUGCAGGUGCUUGAGAAGGCCAGAAGAGGUUAUCAGACGCCCUGGAGUUGGAGCUGCAAGGUAGUGUGAGCUGUGCUGGAGCAGGACUUGAGUCCUGGGAACUUCUUUCUGGCUUUUAUCCCUUUCAUUUACUUUAACUCUGGCUCCAAACUGUUCUAGAUGCAAGAACCCGUUUUUGUUGUAGCUUUCCAGUCUUUGUUCUUUUGGUGUGCUUUUAAGUGUAGCUGGGUUUUCCAUUGUUUGUUUUUAAAGUUCUCAAGUUUGGGUGUGGCUCUUGUUUUCAGAGGGAGUCUUAGGUGAGAAAGCUGGUCUCACCUGUAUUUGACACCUGGGAAUCACCUUUGGUACUCCCUUUGGUGGGAAACCCCAUUUAUCCCCAUAGCCUCCCCCCUUUUUUGAUAAAUUUCUUUGUAAAGUCCAUAUGGCUUGUGUAACAUCUUUUAAAACCUUGCCAAGGUCAUAGCACGUUUCCAUUGUUGACUUUUGUAUGUAUGUAUGUAUGUGUGUGUAUGUAUGUAUGUGUGUGUGUAUGUAUGUAUGUAUGUAUGUAUGUAUGUAUGUAUGUAUGUAUAAGAUCUCACUGUAGCUCUGGUUGUCAUGGAACUCAUUAUGUAGACCAGGCUAGCCUCUUCAUUUAUAUUGCUUAGAUUAAGGCAUAGGCCAGUAUGCAAACUGCGCUUGUGCGCUUGCUCGAGCUCUCGCGCUCUCUCUCUCUCUCUCUCUCUCUCUCUCUCUCUCUCUCUCUCUCUCUGUCACACACACACACAAGAGGAGUUACGUGUUGUUGUGACUUAUCUGACAUGGGUGCUGGUCCCUAACUCAGAACACUAAAAGAGCAGCAAGUGUUCCUAACCACUGAGCCAAUCUCUGUUCCCACUUGUUGGUGAGUUUUGGCUAGCCUUGACUCUCUAAGCUCAAUUGAUCCUCCUCAGCCUUCUAACUACCUGUAAGUAGUGGCCUUCAUCACACACACACACACCCUACCUUUGAUUAAGGGCCUUGGUUUUUGCCUUUCCAUUUGCUUGUAAGCUCCUCCCAGUGCCUACUGGCUAGUGGAAAAGGACUAGUUAUAGGCUCCUCCCAGUGCCUACUGGCUAGUGGAAAAGGAUUAGUUUGGAGUUGCCUUUCAGCCUUCAUCUGAGCAGGUAGAUCAGGUGCUAGCAGCCUUCAGUGCUUCAUGUGCUUCAGUGGUUGAUAAGUUGCUGAGAGAGUGCUGUAGAUAGUGAUGGUACCACAGUCUCCUUUCCCUUCCAUGUGGUCAGUCACUGUACUCUCUGGGUAGACAUGUGCUGAGUCUUGCUUGAGGGACAAAGAUGUAGCCAUUCCAAUCUGAGCUGGACCAGCGACAACAAAACAAGUCAUUGAGGGACUCUGUAUAUAUCUGACACAGUCCCUUUGACUGGGGCUGGAGUUUUGUUUCUUGAAUGGCUUCAUCCUUCAUUAAGUCCUGGCCUGGCUCAGGUUGUGGUAGCCAAAUCUUUCCUUGGGGUGACCUCUAGUUACUAUGGUAAUGGGUCGGCUUGCCUACUUUUCUUUCUUCUUUCUUCCUUCAAGCUUGCUUUCUUGCUUCCGUCCUUCCUUCUUUCUUUCUUUUUUUAAAGAGAAGGUUCUCUGUGUAGCCCUGGCAGUCUUAGAACUCACUCUGUAGCCCAGACAGCCCUUCAACUCAUAUCCUCCUGCCUCUGUUUCCUGAGCCUUGAGAUUAAAGGCAUGCACCACCAUGCCCAACAUUUUCUUUUUAAUUAAAAAAAAAAAUCUUACUGGGUGUGCAGGGGGCAGGUAUACCAUGAUAUUUGUGUGGAGGUUAGAGAACAGUUUUGUGGGAUUGGUCCUCUUCUAUUUGUAUGUUGGUUUUAGGGGAUCAAACUUAGGUAAUCAGGCUAGCAAACAGGUGACUAAGGCUUGCCUGUGUUUAGGGCUAGGCCUCCUGGAAUGAAUCUAUGUAGGGUGAAUGCUUUACUUGUAUGGUGUCUGUUGUGGGGCCUGCAGGACUGAUGUGCUGUUGUUAGAUGGGAAGGUAGCCUUUGGCUUAUUAGUUCUUACCAUUUCCUCCAGCGUUCACUUGGCUGGGUUCUGGCUGAGCCAUCCUUACAUCCUUGGCUAACCCAAUCUGCUGCUUUACCUUGGGGUGGGGUGAGGUCCCCUCAGCACAACACUUUGAUUGCUUUACCCCAAAAUCUGAUGUGAUAAUCACCACCAAUUAGCUGGGCCCAGAACUGGGUCUGGAGAGCUGCCCUAUAGGGCCAGUGAGAUCUGAUGAUAGAAAGUCCAGAGUAAGUGUUGAGUGAUUUGCAGGAAGAGAUCCCUAAGUGCUACUUGUUAGGGUUUCAUUUCAAGCUCUGGAUUUGCCUACUAUCACCCCCUGGUGCUGAGCUGUUAGCCUCUCCUGGUGCAGGUGUGGUAAGUUGCACUUUUGUCCCUCAUUGUGGGUGAGUCUUCCUUGGUUCUUAUAGUAAUCUCCUCUUAUGCUUGAGAGACUGUCUCUGCUCAGACCUACUGUUCACACAAGCAAGGGUCCCAGGCCAGAGCCCACGCUUGUGUAGAGUGAGAGGCUACAGAUUUGGGACUAGGAAGUCUGGUUUGGCCUGACUGUCUUGACUGUUUUCUCUUAUCUAUCCCAUCCCUCUAGUUAACCUGGGGAACCAAAAACUGGUCUCUGUGUUUCUGGGAUGCUGCUUCCUUUCGGUUGACCAAUUGACAGGCCCAAGGGUUGCUUGUUGAAUGACCACUGUCUUUUCCUGUACUCUGGAUGCACUGGGCAGCAUGACAGCCAGUGGCUCUCUGCUUUUCCUAGUGGUUGGCAGCCAGGGGUUAGCUGGUACCAUCAAGGUUUGUGAAUGGACGUUGCUGUUACUAGUUUUAAAGGAACUGAGUUCCAUACUGACAGUAGGAUAUGGCCACUAAGAAGAAAUCUGGAGCUGACUUCCCAGGACACAAGUGCACAAGUAUCCCCUGUUUAGGCUGCCAAGCUCUUGCUUUGCCAGGCUGCCCUUUCCCUCCUACCAAAGCUGAGUCAUCAUUGAGUUUGGGGCUAAUGUUCCAGUGGGAGAAAGGGAGAGAACUUUUUUUAUGUUGCCCUCAGUGUCAUGUAUGUAUAUAUGUGUAUGUGUGCAUGUGUGUGCUUGAGCAUGUGCAAACUUUUUCCAUAUUGUGGCAAAGACAACAGCUCUCCAGGCCAGACCAAGCAAUUGUGAAUAGGAGGGAUGUGAUAUAAAUGCCUGUGCCCAUAGGAAAUUUCCAGAAGUUUCCAAAACAAGCAGGAUCUACCGUACAGAUAGAAACAGUAGGUGCCCCAGGGUAAUCAUGAAAUUGGAGACAUUAGAGCCAACAGGUUGUCCUUCCUGAUCUUGGUCAGGAUUAGGGGACCACACCAUGGUGCAUUUGGCUGAUUAUGCUUACAUGGGGUGCUUUUGUGGAAGGUUGGAACUCAAUACUGUACCAGUUCUUCCAGAGGCUAGGGACAUGUCCAGGCUCCUGUCUUGGAUGUGGUUUCAAUCCUAGGGGAUAUGGAAUGCAAAGUUGGCAUUGUCUGCUUUGUAGAGUGAGCUAUCUGUGGGCACUGGAGGGCCUACUGUGUUGGUCACCCAGAAUGCCUUCCUGGGUUCCUACAUUGUCUCCCGUGUCCAUCAUGAUGAAGCCUUACAGUGAGCCUUGACCCUUGUCUUCUUACUAUGUUGGUCUUCCCUUUCUGUGUGUAUCUCUUCCAGGGUACCCAUUGUCUCCUGUUUUGGCUUUACCAGCCAGAUGUUUUGGCUCCAUUUUGGCUUUACCAGCAUCAUUUAUAUACUCAUCUGACUGACUUCAAAGCUGUCCUUGUGCUGUUGGGCCCCGACAGUCCAGCACUAUUCCUGGACACCCAUGUUCACGCAGCCCAGUCUUGAACAGGUUCCUCUUCACCUCAGCCUUGGAUGUGCUGGGCUGUGUUCUUUGGUGUUGUGUUCUACAUUCUGGGCUACUUGCAAUUAUCCUGGGCUCCCAUAUUCCGGGAGGCUGAAACUCAGGGCUUCUAGAGUAGCAAGUUGUGUGUGUCUGCAUCUCCUCUUAUCUUAUCUCAGAGCCAGUUGCUACAAUCAGAGAUUGAGAUGUUUACCUGAUGGAACCUGCUGCUGACUGCCAAGGAACCUCACUCAGCUCCUUGGGUGGCACACAGGGAAGACACUAUUUCUCUUAUAACCUGGCCUUGCUGUUUGCCUUCUGCCUUGGGUAAGCUUAGGUUCAGAGAUUUUCUUCUCAGGAGGAUGCAGACACCACUGACUCUGGAGGCUGUUGAGAUUAGGAUUCAGUGGUCUUAGUCUUAGUAGCUAACAUGUAAAUAACACACAAGUGACAAGGCAGUGGUUCAUCUAGCUCCCCUGCCAUCCUGGAUUUCCUGAAGGAACAUCUCUCCAGUCCAGUCCAGUCUGGCCAAUCUUAGGGUUUUGUUUUCCUGGUCAGUAACUAGUGCAGGGAAGCACUAUGACCCAACAGGCACUUGUGCAAGUUGUAGCACUUUGUUGGUGGGAUUGGGGUCAAUAAUGGGAAAGACUUAAGAUGCUUGCUGCUGAGUCAGGACAGAAUUAUAAGAGUACUUUGGAUCCCAGGUUCUGACUUGAGCAGCCUCUUACUGUCCUUGGCUAGUGGUUAGCACCUGAGCUCUUGCUCUGUUCCCUAUCACUGCACUCUUUUGCUUUUCUCCCUCUUUUACUUUCUCCUGUGCUUUGGGUUGAGAGUUCUCAGCAGAGCAGCACAGUGUGCAAGUUGCUUUUGGCAAUUGGAUCCAUCUUGUGCUCCUUCAACCUCUGACAGGCCUGCUAUUUCCCUCCUCAGUUCCUGUUGAGGGAAGGAAUGGUGGUUGGCCUCUUGUCUUGCUAGUGUGGAGUGAACCUGUUCAUCCUGUGACCAAGUCACAGGUAGGUAUGUGUUCUUUCUUCUGAGCACAGUAGUGUCUAAGCUGAGGGUUGGGUUUGGGGUGGAAAUUAAGUUUUCACGAGGCCUGGGCAUACGUAUAUUUGGCAGUGUGGGUGUUGAAGUAGCAGAACCUGGCAGACCCUUUGGACCCACUACCUUGGUUCUUCCUGCAGUUUGACUGACCUGUGUAUGUCACUCACUCUCACUGAGUGUCGAGGUUGUGCAUGUUUUUGGGCAGGACCUGACAUGUUGAACCUCUUGGGCCUUGAGUGCAUGAGUACACAUGUUCUGAGUCAUCUCACUUACCUUCUAGUGACCUUGGAAUGUCUUAAUGUUUCCAAGCUUGGGUGCCUAUUGUGAUAUGGGGCUAGUAUCAUCCUGUGGGGUCCUAGAUGUUGUGGUAAGAUUAAAAAAGGGCUCCUGCGCCUCUCCUCUCCACACUGGGCCCCAACUGGCAUUAGUUCUGGCACUGUAGGGCCGUAUAGAGUUAACCUUAAUUUAUCUCAGCAGUGGCUGGCUUCAGUGUGGCACUACAUUAGUGUUAGCCUAGCUAUCUUCUAGCCCCAGUGGUCUCUCUGCUCCCAUUGCUAGGAACUCUCUGGUUCCAGCCACCCACCAGGUAAAAUCAAGAUUUACAUGUUAAACAUUCAGUCCACAAUACAUCCACAGAAUAAAUUCACUGCCAAUUAAUAAAGAUAGAAACCACCCACCUAGACAAGAUACAAUUGACCUAGACCACCUGAAUUGUUACCAUCUUCCUCUGUCGUUUCCAUCUUGAAUCCUCUCCUUCCUAGACUUUUCCCCGCCUACCCUUCCUUCUAAUCCAGUGAUAGGCUAUGCCUUAUCCUGGGCUUACCUUGCUGCAUAAUGACAUUAUCCUACUCUAGGUGUGAUGGUGGUAGCAGUGCCUGGCUUCUGUUUAAGUCAUCGUGCUCAUGAGAGAUCUGUUGCCUUUCCCUCUCCAUGAGGAAGGGGGUUAAGGCCUCUUUUCUAGAGAUCAGAUAGCCAGAAGAGUCCAAGGUAGGACCCCCAACUCUACGUGUGCCAAGUAGACUUUCAGGAUGGAUUUCUGUUCCCAAAUCCCCCACAUGCUUCCUGAAACUCUUGGUUUUAAACAGGACCUUGGGGUGUAGAUCAUGCUUGGCCUGGAACUUAUAUUCACUCCUGUCUCGGCCUGAGUGCCUAGGUGGGGGGAGGGGGAGCUUUAGAAGAUACCACAGCUAGGUCCUUGCUAAGAAGUCUUUUAAGGGACAGGAGAGAAAUGGCCAUGAAGACAGUGUCAGUUCCCACAAUGUGCUCACUUGUGUUAGGCGGGCCACUUUACAGGUGUAAGACACUGAGGCCUAGUGAAGCUCUGCAGCUGACCACUUCCCAGUGUGGGGCUGUGAGCCUGACCUGUCCACCCUCAGAGCCUUAGUUCAACAGGUACAUCUGUUCACCCAGAAAGGUACCCAGGAUACCAGUGUGCUGAGCUGGAUAGAUACUUCUGUGGCCUUGAGCUACCUAGGCUUGUGUGAUGCAGAGGAUCUGCUGUUCCUUUUAGCCAAAUAUGGUCUUUGUGAUAUCCAGGAGCUCCUGAGCCAGUCAGUGGGGUCUCAUGAUGAGAAUUUACUCUUUAAGUAUGGGUUGAUGGUGGGGCUUGAUGGCAGCUGAAAUCCUCUGAAGCUGUACCCUAUCCUGAUAAAGGAAGACAGAUGGGAAGAAGGAAACAUUUAAUAUGCAAUAUUGGGGGUUCAGCCUAGGUUGAAUCUCUUUAGCUGUGCACUUUGAGCAAAUGACAUCAGAUAUGUUUGCAUCACCACAGGUCUUUGCAAACGGGAAGGGCAAGCCUGUCCUGUAUUCCCCAAAUAGGAGCUGAACCAGGGCAGCCCCUUCCCAUUUUUUCAGGAACAUGAUCAAUCCCUAGGAAGAGUAUAGGCAGCUGCCUGAAUGGUUUCUACAGGUGCCAUGUUUGCUUGUUUAGAGACAGUAUUUAGGGGUACCAGUCCUGCCACACAGCUCCACACACUGGAGAGACUCCAUCCUUGGAAAAGGAAGACACUAAGACUUCAAGAGAGAAGAGAUGUGUCUUAGGAUUUCCAUUGCUGUGAACAGACAUCAUGACCCAGGCAUUAUAAAGGACAAAGUUUAAUUGGGACUAGCUUACAGGUUCUGAAGUUCAGUCCAUUAUCAUCAAGGUGGGAGCAUGGCAGCAUCUAGGCAGGCCUGGUGCAGGAGAAGCUGAGAGCUCUACAUCUUCAUCUGAAGGCUGCUAGCAGAAUACUGACUUCCAGGCAGCUAAGAUGAAGGUCUUAUAGCCCACACCUACUUCACCAAAGGCCAUACCUAUUCCAAAAGAGCCUUACCUUCUAAUAGUGCCUAGGCAUAUGCAAACCAUCACAGGAUGCUCUUCAUUACCUUGUUUUCACACAGGGGCUUGCUCUUUAGUCCAGACUGCCUGAAACCUCAGGCCUCAAGCCUCUUACUGCUUGGGUGGUAUUCACUGCAUUCAGGCAAGGCGUGUUUCUUUGAAAGGUGGUGGGUACACGAAGGUUGAAGACCUCACUGGAAUUUUCUCGGUGCCUUUGUACUGUAGUAGCAAACAGGAGAUUAAAAUAGAAGGGGUUUUUAGGAAGUAGUUCCCUUCUGUGUUGAGAGUAUAUUCAGUUAACAGUUGAAGAGAUCAUGGGCAGAGGAAUGUUGGUAACAUUGAUACUCCAAAAACAUACUUAUUCAUACACAUGGGAAGAUUGGUAUUGGCAGGCAGUUCGAAUACCAUUCUAUAUCUCCUAGGUAGCCUGCCUGCAGCUCAGAGCUACUGUCACUCUUUUGGAAAGUAUGUAGUAAGAGCCAUAGCCAUAUUCUGGUCCUUUGACCCCAUAAUUUUACCAGUGGAAAUGUGUUUACUAUGCAGGAGUGUUUUCAGUAGCAGUGUUAGUGGGGGCAGUGGGAUAAACAUAUCAGUUGUGUUCAUUGCUGGCAUGGGAGAAGCUGGAGCAGUGAGGGAUGGGUAAGAGACUUCAAGUCCCUGCACACUUGCUUCUGCUUCUACAGAAGUGCUUCUCAACCUCUGGGUCACAACACUUCCAUGGGGAUUGCAUAUCAUUUAUUUAUAUUAUGACUCACACAGCAGCAAAACUAUGUGUAUGAAAUAGCAAUGAAAUAAUUUUAUGGUUGGGGUUCCUACAACAUGGGGAACUGUAUUAAAGGGUGGCAGCAUUAGGAAAGUUGAAAACCACUUUAUUGGGGAGUGAAUUGUUCCUGAGAUUGUAGUCAACAGUUUUAACAAUAUUGAUUUUUUUUUUUUUGGUGAGUUUUUUUGGGGAGGCUGUUGAGACAUGAUGUGUGAUAGUUUUAUGCCAACUUGACACAAGCUGAAGUCAUCUGAAAGGAGAAACCUUAGUUAAGAAAAUGCUUCCAUGUUGGGUAUAGCAGACACCUUUAAUUCUAGCGCUCAGGACUCAGAGGCAGGUGAUCUCUGCUUUUUAAGGCCAGCUUGGUCUACAGAGUGAGUUCCAGAACAGUCAGGACCUGUCUGGAAAAACUGAAAAUAAAAUAACAAAAACUUCAUAAGAUCAGGCCAUUGGUAUACACAUAAGAUAUUUUCACAGCACCUGACUAUGAUUUGCCUCAUGGUCUAGCAGGGGCAUGAUUUUGCCAGCUGCAGAUAGUUUCUGUAAUUGUGUGAUAUUUGGAAUUCUGGGUCUUUUAGAGGCUAUUUAAACACUAGGCCACAGAGAGGAUGUUGGGUGGUUGGUUGGUUGGUGUUGGUUGCUGUUGGUCAUGGUUUGUUAAGUAAUCAUGUGUAAAGGAGGGAGAGAGGGAGGUGAGAGGAGGGGAAGGAGGAGGAAGAGGAAGAAAAGAAAGAAGAGGAGGAGGAGGAGGAGAAGAAGAAAUAAUAAUAGAUAUCCUGACUGUGGCGCUAGAAGGAUGGCUCAGAGGUUAAGAGCACUGACUGCUUUUCCAGAGGUCCUGAGUUCAAUUCCCAGCAACCCACACGGUGGCUCACAACCAUCUGUAGUGGGAUCUGAUGCCUUCUUCUGGUGUGUCUGAAGAGAGCAAUAGUGUACUCACAAACACAAAAUAAAUUUAAAAAAAACUUUUUAAAGAUAUCCUGACUGUGAAGAUCAAACUUGCCCCAAGGAACUCAGCAUCCCCAAUCAGCAGGAAGUAUUCUAAUGAUAACAUCACCCCAUUUCUUCUUUUUUUUUUUUUUUUUUUUUUUUUUCCGGAGCUGGGGACCGAACCCAGGGCCUUGUGCUUCCUAGGCAAGCGCUCUACCACUGAGCUAAAUCCCCAAUCCCUAUCACACCAUUUCUGACCACUGACUUCAUUCAGGAAUCUCUUUUCUACCUUUUUCUCUCUUGGGUGGGGGGGUGUUAAAAGGGUGAAAGAAAAACCCACAAAGUAGCAAAAGACCAGUUAUACCAGCUGGCCUUGAACUUAGAGAUCCUCCUGCCUCUGUCUCAGUACUGGAGUUAAAGGCUUGUGCCACCUUCACCCCCGACAGAGUUUUUGGUAAGAAAAUUGUGUCUGUAAAUAUCACUUUUGUGUUAGGAUGUGGCUUUGAUGAUAUUGUAGAGAAGUAAUAUUCAAAUGAGGAUAAGAUUUAGAACUGCCUUUUUAGUCAGCAUUGGAGGUUUUAUAGGCGUUGGAGCUGGGCAUGGUGACACACACCUUAAUCACAGAGGUGAGCAGAUUCUGUGUUUGAGACCAGCCUGGUAGUGAAAUUUGUCCUGGCCCCCCUCCCCCCCCAAAUGGUAAGAGUUGGAUCUAGACUCUAGGUCUUGCUGUCUUCGUUUGUCUAAAUGUGAAAUAUGGUAGCACAAAUGGGUUUUAAUUUCAUUCAGACUUAUUUCUAGUAUUUCAGUGUGGAAUUAGUGUAGCAGUGGUGAGCUCUUCAGAGAAACCCUGUUGGACAAAGUUUCACACCUAUGUCCAGGCAUCCCCUUUUGGUUCCAGAACCUUGAGUACUAAGUACAUAGAUACUGAAGUUUCAUAUAUAAAAUGAGUAGUCUGUAUACAUCUAUAAAUACCCACAUGGAAUUGAUUUAUGGAUUUAGAAGUUUGAAACGGGCUAGCCUUGAACUCGUGCCACUCCCGACUUAGCCUCCCAAGUGUUGUGGUGACUGGUAUGCAGCACUAUGGCUAGCCACAUAUUCUCUGAAUCAUCUGAGUGAUUUGUAUGUAGUACAGGAUAAAUAGUAUGAGUGGCUGCUGUAUUGUAAUAAGGAAAUGCUGACAAAGGUGCUUACCCAAUAACCUGACUGCUUCCUUCUAGACACACAUAUUGGAAAAGAGAACUGAUGUCUGCAAGUUCUCCUCCAAUCAUACAUACACAAAUAGUGUACAUGCAGACAGACAUGCAUAAAAUAAAAACCAAGCCUAGCUUCAUUUACAAAUAACAUUGUUAGGGCUAUUGCACAGGAGUUUUCAGAUUCCAAGGUCAUAAGGUACAGCCCCGUUAUCUUGUCUGCCACCAUCCUGUACCAGUUGAUGGCUUCCAGCCCUAAGUGGGGCUGGGAAGCCUGCCUGCUCCACACCGUUUGCUCCAAAUGUAUAUGUUAGGACCUACAUACAGAAACAAAGAUGAGGUAAAUACUGUAAAAUUGACAGGAAGUAGUGUUUUGAGUUUUAUUUACUUUAAGUUUAUGUAAUUUAAUUCUUCAUACUGAGUCCCGAGGUUCCAGCACCACAGUACUAAAGAUUAGCACAAGCUUUGUGUAUGCAGGUGGAGAACUGGCUGCCCUGAUGCCUCUUGUCUGUAGCUGGGUUGUAGGCUGUAGGACAGUGUCUGCUUUUACAAUUGUCUCCUGGAAUGUUUCUCUCAUUUCUUCUUGACCACAUUCAUUGAAGAGUGUAAGCUGAGGCACAGGGUGUUGGUUGUGCUUGCUUUGCAGCUUCACUGAGGAUCUAUGGAUUUGGGACAAAACGGUGACCUGCUGUCCUAGCCCAGCAGCAUAACUCUUAGUGCAUCCACAUGGUUGGCCAAAGAAGGAAUUCAAGUCCUUCGAGGAAGGGGUAGGACAGAUUGAUUUGGGUAUCUGCUCGCUUCUCAAAACAGGAAUGGUGUAUUUCGAUGUUCCUCAUUGUUAUCAUUGAACAGCCACCUGUCAGCACUGUGCUGUGUAUAACCCAGAUGCUUUGGACUUCCACCUGUAGAUAGCUUUCCUCUAUGUUGGAGAGCUAGGUGCCUCCCCCUGGGAAGUCAGGAGCUUAUUUCCUGGGCCACUCCACCCAGGUGACUGACCUCACCACUGGGCCACUCAGAAUUGACUGGGCCUAGGCAUGCCAUAUGUUCUCCUGCUUUCUAGAAAGAAAACCCAUCCUCAUUGCGUCUUCAGGGUGCUUUGUGCUGACAGCAUGGGUUUCUUUUUCUGGUUAGUCUUGAAUGCCUAGAGUCAUAGCAUCCUCUCCUUCUGGGAACUAUGCUCCUCAUUAUGCUCCUCCUUGAGGUGGCUCAGGACGGUGGAUCUGAAUGGUGUGAUCUGAGAGAGGUGAAGUUAUAGCACACUUCUGCCCAGUUGUGUCGUGGGCUCUUGGGUGCAUGCCCCAAACUUUGGCAGGCUUGCAUUUGGAAUGAAUGAAUUCUGAGGAGUUUCCAUCUGCCCUGUGCCUAUCCCUUUUCCACACACAGCAUCUUGCACCUGCUCUUCUCCCCAUUUGACUGUAUCUGGGAGCUGCUAUGUAGUGAGAAUUCUGGAAUUUUGGUUUCCCAAAAUAUGUAUGUAUGUAUGUAUGUAUGUAUGUAUGUAUGUAUGUAUGUAUGUAUAUUGUAAGAAUGUGCAUUCCCCCACCCCCAACUUUACUUAUGUAAGUACAUUAGCUGUCUUCAGACACGGCAGAAGAGGGCAUCAGAUACCUUCAUAGAUGGUUGUGAGCCACCACGUGGUUGCUGGGAAUUGAACUCAGGACCUCUGGAAGAGCAUUCAGUGCUCUUAACUGCUGAGCCGUCUCUCCAGUCCCAGAAUGUACUUUUCUUUUAAUCCCAGGUAUGGACAUGCUCUAGUAGAAGCAUGGUUUUGCCAGCUGCAGAUAAUUUCUGCAACUGUGUGUGACAUUUGGAAUUCUGGAAACUUUUUAGAGGUUAUUUUAAAUUCUAGGGCCCUGAAAAGAGGCAUGGGUGGUAGUUGGUCAUUUAGAGAUGUUGGUUGCCAUUUAUUUGUCAGUAGCUGUGGUCAAAGAAGGGACAAAGGAAAGCCAUUAGAUUCAGGGAUCCCCCGCCUCUCUGCCUCCUUCCCUGCUUUAUAUUUGCUUCCUCAUAUUUAACUAGGGACUGUAACAAGGAGAAUAAGGGUAAGAAGAAGAACCUACAAAGUAGCAAAGACCAUUUACAGGUGGCCCCUACCAUGAGGCUUGAAGUUAAAAGAUUAAAAUGGAAAAUUAGAUUUCAGAUGGCGUAGAGAAAAUGGCAGGGGACGAAGGAAUGACUUUUGAAAAAUUUUUUUAACAAGACGCCAACAAAAAAUUUAUUAUGACUGCUGCCACUGGGAUAUCCCCUGUUUUGUUCCCAGAGAAAUUUUUCUUUUUCUUUGUAUGUUCUGUUUCAAAAAAGGUUGGGAGAAUGACUAAGCAGUUGGAAAGUUGUGGGUGGAAGUGGACAGACCUGAGAAAAAUGGCUGAAAUGGGAAAACAAAAGAGGUCACUCUGCUUCCUCCUUUCUUAAAGGGUUGCAGAGUUGGCUGUGCAACUGGAGAGGUUGGGGAGGAGGUGGAAGCACUUGUGAGAAAGAAACACAGGGGAAGAAAGAACAAAUGGGUCAACCCUGGUGACUGAGCAGGUGAGCGGGAGUUUCCUGCUGGAGGAAAGAGAGGAAGAAACUCUUCCAGCUGACAAAGUGACAGGGCAAUCUGAUGAAGCAGCCUAUUUCCAAAGAAAGGGUUAAUCUUGAACCAGCUGAACCACCAGAGUGGAAGGAAGGAGAGGUGACCCAGGGUCAGGAGAUCAACACCAUUUACUUCGCCAGUAGUCAUAUAGCAUAUGCCUGCUAAUGGUGUGGAACAAGGUUAUGACAAGAUCGGAUGGUCCUAUAGCAAUGAUAGACCCAAGGCGGUUUUAAAGAGGCCAUGGUUUCAUAUGGGAUGCACUUGCCUUAUGUGAAACAAAUUCUACUGGGCUACUCAAACUAGAAUUAUUCCUGAAGACUGGAAGGGAUUGGUAAGGGCUGUACUAGAGACUGCUCUACAGUUGCAAUGGUUACCAUGGUGGAGGGAAGAAGACAUCAAUAUUAAACAAUGAAAUAGAGUGAGGGGAAUGUAGUAAAAGACCAGCUACUAUAUUAAGGCUAGUCUGAUAUACAAGAACAGAUUAAUUUUGAUGAUGCUACUAGAACGAUGUUGCUUAGUGACUUUGAGAGCUUGGGACAAAGUUAAGGAGUCUGAGGAAAAGUCCAUCUUAUUUACAAAGAUUAUGCAAGGCUCAGAAGAAACCUUGAAUGAUUUUCUUUUUAAAGAGUUAUUUAUUUUAUGUGUAUGAUUACACUGUCACUGUUUUCAGACACACCAGAAGAGGGCAUCAGAGCCCAUUACAGAUGGUUGUGAGCCACCAUGUAGUUGCUGGGAUUUGAACUCAGUACCUCUGGAAGAGCAGUCAGUACUCUUAACCACUGAGCCACAGCCACAGCCUGCUUUCACUGAUUUUUUUAUUUAAUUAACAGAUUAGUGUUAGCUGUGAACAAAGUCGUAUCAGACCCUGAAGCAAGGCAGGUGUUGAUAGAGACCUUGGAGUUUGAAAAUGUGAAUGUAGAAUGUAAAAAGGUUAUUAGACCAUUAAAGGUAUGAGCAAUGCCUAUAGAUGAAUGGAUAAAGGAUACAACCAAUAUUGGUUUUAACAGGCACUAUGCUAAAGUUAUAGGUCAGGGUAUAGGUCUCCAAUAUCAAAAUGCCCAGUGCUUCACUUGCAUAAAAUAUGCAAAGUAAAGUGACUAAGCCCCCAAAGGUUUCAGAUCUCAAAAGGGUGCUUUAAUUGUGGGAAAUAUGGGCAUUUGUAACAAAAUUGUGAACAAGGCAUCUCUAAGGACAAUGUUUUUUCUAAAUAUGAAUUAGAAAGAAGGCUUAGGCGUCCAGGAGCAUACAGGCAAUGUAGCAAGGGUUGCUAUUGAACGGACCAAUGAGUGUGAAUCCAAAAGAGAUAUUCAAAGUAAUUUCUAAUCAGAAGUGGCCUUGGAGGCCUGGCUCAGGGCUCCACAACAAAUUCUAGGAGCCAGUUCAGCCAAGGGUAAUAUGCAGACUGAAAAAUCUCCAAUCAGCAUUGGAGAUUCAAUGCAGGACACUGCAGGCAAAUGCUGCUCUAGACUUGGCCACAGAUAGAAUCUUACCCUAUUCUCCAAAACUCAUUGUUAUAAAAGAAGUACUGGAGUUCAUGGUCCUUUUCCCUCAGAGACAGUAGAGAUGAUUUUGGGAAGGAGUUGAAAGUGAAGAUUUCAAAGGAGACAAUAAAUUUUGGCUGAUGUAGAAAGAGAGAUAAUUUGAUGCAGGUGAUAGGAUUCCUCAGCUAUUAUUGUCUCCCUACAUUGAAGGCAAAGCCACUCCAGUAGAAAUAGCAGGCAAGGUCUCCUGAAAACCUUGGCCACUGACCUGAAAAGCACUUAUUUCACUGAAAAUGUCUCUUUAUAAUUUCCCACUACACCCAGCAUAAUAAAAGGCUUAAAACAGAAAAGAGGAAUGUGGUGACAAUUUGGGAAUUUUGGUUUCUAAAAAACACAGUGUUGCAGGAUAUUUGACCGAAUUUUGAACCCUGAGAUUUGUUAUUUAUUGAAAAAAACUUGUUUCUAGUUGUGGUGUGGCUCAGCCUUAGCACACACUUUAAUGGCUCUGGCUGGAACACAGACACACCCUUAUUACACACCUUAAUCCCAAACAAUGAAGAAAAGUUUGUAGAAGAAAUGUUUGAAAGUGAUGUUUAAUUGAGUGGCAGACAAAGUUACAAAUCAGAGAAAGAUUUGACAGAAUGGGAUCUGCCUAAUUCUCUCAAGGAGUGGAAAGAGAAGCUAGUUAAGGGGCAGUGCAAAAAAAAGAGGAGACAGUUUUGCAGAGACAGGUUGAAGAGAGCACAAGCUAGGCACAGAUAAAGGCAGAGUGAGCCAGGGGAUGAGAAGGAGCCAGAAGAGUAGAACAGAUUGCUAGAGUUAGUUUGAAGCCAAGUAGAGCAAUUUAGGAGAAGCUGAGAGAAGCCAGAUUGAAUCAGUCAUCGUGGAGAGGAGGUUGAGCCAGAACAGCUGAGUUGAAUCAGCCAGCCAGAGUUCAGAAAGAACUAGAAAGGGUGAGCUUAUUCUGAAGUAAGUCGUAGAGGUUGAAAACAUUCUAGGCCUAGAUUAGAUUGUAUGUAGGCUAGAAGCUUCCAGGACUAGGGUAGCAGAUAGAAGCAGUUAGACUCUGAGACAACAAUUACCUCAGGUGAAUAAAAGUUACAUUUACAACACAGAAAUAAGAAUGUGCUUUCAUUUUAAUCCCAGGUGCAGGGAGGUGGGGCUGCUUCAAAUAUCUGCAGUAGCUGACUAUGAUUUGCCUUGUGUCCUAGCAGAAGUGUGGUUUUACCAGCUGUAGAUAAUUCUGGUGAUUGUGUGACAUUUGGAAUUCUGGGAUGUUUUCAGAGAAUUUAGAAAUGCUAGGGCCCUGAGAGAGGGUGGUGGUAGUUGUUAGUCAUUUAGGGAGGUCAGGUGUAGUUUGUUUGAAGCCAUAAAAGAAGAAACAAAAGGAAAGAAAUUAGAUUCAGGAAUUUUCCUAAUUCCUUUCUCUCCUAUUUAGUGUUAUGGGGGUGAAACAGGAGGUGGGGUAUAAAGAGUGGCAAAAAGAACUCACAAAGUAGGGGUUGGGGAUUUAACUCUGGGUUCGGUCCCCAGCUCCAGGGGGACAAAAAAAGAAGAAGAAGAAGAACUCACAAAGUAGCCAAGACCAGCUAUACUACACUACUCUUCAUGAUAUUCCAUCUGUGUGUGUGUGUGUGUGUGUGUGUGUGUGUGUGUGUGUGUGUGUGUGUGUGUGUGUGUGUAGCUGGUGGUGUGCCCCCAGUCACUAUGGGCAAAGUGUGGGGACCAGCGGAGAGGCCCUGUAAGCAGGCUCCUGGCUCUUUAGCUCUCCAUUGCCUGUGUCUGACAUGUUUUCUUUUGUAGUUCACUAUUCCAGUGGUCACUUAUCCCUGCCAGCUCUCCUCAGUCUGAGACCUCUGGCCUCACUGCUGCCUUAGCCACUACCCUUGUGUCCAAAGCUGUGUGGUAAAAGCUAUAUUUGGGGGUGGGGGUGGAGAUGAGGCUCCACGAUAGAGCACUUACCUAGCUUAUGUAGGGUCCUGACUCCAGUACUCCCAAAACUAACACAUAUGGAGCUAGAGGCUAGCUGCUCUGAAAGAGGACCUAGGGACAGACAGUUCCUAGCACCUGUCUAGUGGCUAACAACCAUCUGCAGGUGUAGUUCCAGGAUGCCUUCUUACCAGGCAUGCAUCUAUCUGGUCUUCACACAUAAAUACAUGCAGGCAAAACACACACACACACACACACACACACACACACACACACACACACACACGAAAUAAGUAAGAAUGCAUGUUCAGAGCGCAAGGCCCUGGGUUCGGUCCCCAGCUCCGAAAAAAAAAAAAAAAAAAGAAAAAAAAAAAGAAUGCAUGUUCAGGAGGGCUUUCCUCGCUGUGUUCUCCUAGUCUGUCUGUCCAGUUACCACAGUUGCCUUUGUAGACCUGUUAUCUUUCCUUACAGCACAGGCAUCUGUUUCAGGUUGACUUUGUGAUAGAAUAUUGAUAUAUGUCUUGAGUCCUAGGAUAAGACUCUGAUCUACAUUUUGAUCCAUCUGACAUCCUGACACCUGAGUGCCUAGUGUUGUCUAGAGUGAGAAUAUUCCCAUUCCCUAAAAAUCCCAGUCAGCACCCCAAUUGGCAACAUCCUAUCCAGGCAGCUGGUUCUAUUUCAUAGUGAAGUGUGUUUUCCUGGAGAAGAGACAGUGGUCCUGGAUGGACAGGUUUCCAAGGCCCCCACCCCCAGUAACUAUGUAAACUCGUUGCCUUGAGCAGGCCUUGAUUGCUGUACAUUGUGAAACUCAGCCACCUUCCUUGUGGAUUUGAGACCGUGUCUUUGCAGUGGUGGUCCAUUGUGUUCUUCCUGGGAUAGGUAAGGUGAAGGAAGGCAAGGCACUGAGUAGUUUCUGUUUCCUGUGGGAAAGCCACCCCAGAACCCUCUUUCUUAGCAGAACGAGGUCUAGGUAGAGUUUACAUAGAUGAGCUAUAGAUGGAAGCAGUGAGUCCCAGCAAACCAGGCCUCCUGACCUUCUGUAGCCUUGUCUAUGGGAAAGCUCUGGUCACUCAGGACAGACUUCCAGUGGCUCACAGUUCCAAGAGCAAGGCCACUUUCCUGCAGUGACUUCCUGAGGCAGACUGACAGAAUGGAGUCUCUUGUGCAUUGUGGGCACUAAAAAUGUCUGGUGGUGUGUAACUUUAAUUUUUUUCAAAUUUUAAUUUUAAUUUUUAAGGAAAGUUCUUAAUGCUUUGACACACUUGUAGCCCACUACCUACCAGAGGUAUUGGGAAAAAAGGAUACAGGGGAAGUAGACCUGUUUAGAAAGGUUCUUUGGAAUAAUUCCUGUCUGGAAAUCAGCAGUUGAGUUCACAGGUCAGCAACAGCCGAAGUCCAGUUUGGUGGAGUCGGGAUAGCAAACACGAAUCAGCAGCAGUGGCACUACCUAGCAGAGACAGCCAGGCCUCAGCCUUGGCACGAGGGACCCAGAGGGAUGCUAGGAGAACGUGUUCCAGCUGUACCUCUCUCAAGGAAGUGAAGAUCAGCAAAGACGCGAGACCCACAAGCAUUGCACAGCUAGCUUUAUAAGCAAACUUCGCUUUCUUUCAGUUCUUUUUAUACCACCCCAAACUUCACGUGUCCUCCAUGUGUCUCACUUCAGCAUGUGUCUGUGUCUCAGCUGACAUCACUCUGCCAGUCAGCCCAAGUCCGAGGAAUUAACAAGAAACUGCAGCACACCUCCAGAAGUUUUUUGGUGUGUUUCUUUCUAUGGAGUCCAGACAAAUGCAGCUUGACUAUACAAUGUAAGGUGAACCACUACGUGUGUGUUGUUAGUGAAGAAUCCUUCAUUAUGUGUCCUUUCAUGUGCUCACUUUAGCAGAACAGCCUUUCUGUGUCUGCUUCAGCCAAACGUUCCUUCACAAGUCUGCCUUCGUCUUUCACCUUUGGGAAGACAUUCCUUCAUGUGUUUCCCCUAGCAAAACACCAUCCAACAUAGCUCACUUCCCAAAGAACCCUUAAGUUUCCAUUUCAGUGGUAGAUUCUGCAGAAAUAGAUUUGCAGGGACAGCUAGUGUUGGUGUCCUUAAGCACAGUGUGUGUCCUUCACAUCUCUCUACUCAGAGCUAUGCAUGCAGGAUGUGCACAGGAAGCUUUGGAUUCUGUCACCAUCACCAAGUCAUAGGGGCCCCACCUCACAGAUCCCACCUGCUUUACUCAAUCAGCAUGGUCAGGUCUGGGAGGGAACUCAGAGGUGGAGCUGGUGUGGUUUUUGGAAAGCAUGCCUGUCCAUGACCCCCAGACACCAAGGCAACUCCAGUUAGGUUCUUGAACUUGGGUGUGGAGAUUAUAACUAUGGCAGAGGUCCACUGCCCACAUCUAUAGUUCCUGCUAAGUUGUGUAGUGCUCACAACCCCUGCUUAAUUGUGCCUCCCAUCCUAUGUUUUCAUGGCUUUCCAGGUCUGGAUAGGGGAGCAGACACACAUGCUUCCAGGAACAUGACCUGCUCAGGCACUCACAGCAGGAGCUGGUUUUGUCAGGAUUCAGGGCCCAGCACCCUCUUUUGAUUGCCCCUGUUUGGGGUCAUGUGAUGACCCCCCCCCACCCCCAACAGUUGCAGUUCCCUUUGCAAAAGAGCAGAGAGCCCAGGAGUGACUUGGGGACCAUACCGUUCAGGGUAUUAAAGUUUUAACAGAAGAACCUGUAGUGCUCAGGCACUAAGGCCCAGCUAGGGAUCCCACAUCUGGCGUGUGUCUAACUUGGGAUAACAUGCACGUGCCACACAUGAAACUUGACUGCAAGCAUGUUUACAUUUUAAGGUAAUUGUUGAGGCAAACUGUGUAGAUUUGUUUACCCAUCUGCCUCCCCAGUGUGGGGAUAAAGGCAUUGGAUACAAGGCCUGGUUUCUUCAAUACUUUUUCUUUUUCAAGGCAGAGUGCACAGGCUCUUCUGGAACUGGCUUUCCAUAGACCAGGCUGGCCUUGAAGUCACAGAGACUGAGAGAUUUGACAGCCUGGGUCUCCCGUAUACUGGGAACAAAGGCUGGCUUCUUAAGUAUUUUUAAAUGCACACCUCAGCAUUGCCAACUGUAACAUUCAGCCAUAAAUACUAUUCAUCCAACUCCAUCCCGCCCACACAGGAUCUCUCUCUGUAGCCCUGGCUGUGCUAGAACUCACUGUGUAGACAAGGCUGGCUUUGGACUCACAAAAGUUCUGCUGCUGCCUACCAAGUGCUAGAUUAAAGUUGUGUGCCACCUGGCCUGGCUCUUUUUUAUUUUGUAAAGCCCAAACUCUGUGCUUGCUAAAUAUGCCUCCUUAUCCUCCUGCCUAGCCCCAACAGCCACCCUCAUUCUUCUUAUUUCUGGUGUUCGUGACCUUGCCCCUUCAGGUGUAUCACAUGAGUGGAAUCGCAGAGGCUGGCUUUUGUUGUUUUUUACACAUGACUUGUUUGACUUAGCAGAAUGUGCUCAUGAUUUACCCACAGCAUAGCUUAUCUCCCCAUUUUCUUCCUUUUUCAGGAUGAAUUGUAGCAUUCCACCAUCUGAGUGGACCAUUGUCUGUUCAUCAGUCUGGAUAGAUGCUGGCUAUAUCUAUAGGUUGGCAGCUGUGGAUGGUACCACUGUGAGUGGAGAUGUAAUCAUCUGCCUGGAUGGGUUUCUUCUUUCAGUUCAGUGUGUAGUGUAUUAGUUACUUCUCUGAGUUGUUGUAAAAUUAUAAAAAAUAAAAUCACUGUCUUUUAUCCCCCACUAGGUCUGUCACCGAAGUGCCCCAAGAUAUCUGCUGGAUAUCUUGCCAGAAGCACACAUUCCAAUUCUGUGGCAGCCCAGACUAGCCGCCCCACACUCCCUUACACUUAAAUCUACACAUGAAAGAACACACAACACAAUAACCUUUGAUCCAAUUGAUAGAUAUAGUUGCACGCCCAAACAUACAAAGCCCUGUACACAUCCAUCCCUUAAGAGCAUUCGUGACAACCUGUAAAGGUACAGCGUGGAAUCUUAACGUCAGCCUCCAUGUUGUCCCACUAUGGCUUCUCUCCUUCCUCUCUUCUGUUCCCAUCUCGUCCUUUUCCUUCAAACUUUUCUCCCACUCAUCCAUCCUUCUCGUCUAGUGACAAGCUUCAUUCUCCUGUGUACCUGCCUCACCUGUGACAUCAUCCCACAUCUCUGUUGCUGUGAUCCUAGAAGUUUGUUUGGCCCUCCUGUCCAAAGGGCUAAGAGUUUAACCAUCCAGCUAGGUUUGAUCCCAGCCUUUGGGAAGUAGAGGCAGGGGGAUCUCUGUGAGUUUGCUAGCCUGGUCUAUAGAGUGAGUUCCAGGAUAGCUAGGGCUACACAGAGAAACCCUGUCUUGAAAAACCUUGGGGGUGGGGGGGACUGAGGUUAGGAGAGGUGGGUUGACAUCAUGGUCUGAAAGCAUGGCGGCAGACAGGCAUGGAGUGCUGCCUUGACAUUGCCUCCACCAAGAAUGGAGACCACUACCUUCCAGUUUAGCCCCAGGAGUUCUUAGGACAAGACAGAAGGCAGUGAAAACAUUCCAAAGAUGGUCUCCAGUUCAGUUGCUGUAAUGUUCCCCCUGAGACCUCUUGAGCUGGGACUUCACAGUUUAUAUCAGUCUGAGCACUGCUGUCUUCCAUGCCUCCCACUAGGGUGACCCAUAAGUCCCGCCAACAGCAUUCAUCCACUUUUCUAGUCCGAAAUUUCAGUCUUUCAUAUUCCUCCCAAAAAUAGCAUGGUCAGGCCUGUAACAGCAAUAACUCGAUCCUUGGUACCAACUUUAUCUGUUACUUUUACUGUGAUAAAACACCAUGACGAUGGCAGCAUACAGAAGAAAGCGUAUUCAGUUUUGUAGUUGCAGAGGGUUAGAGUCCGUUAUGGUGGAGCAGAAGGACCAGAGAUGGCUAGCGUGGUUAGAACAGCAGUUAAAGGCUCAUAUUUUAAACUACAAGCACAAGGAAGGGUGUGGGGUGGUGCGUGAGCUCUCUUAGUGUGCACACAGAGUGUGGGGUCUCAUGAUGGGGAAGAGCAUGAGAAGAGGUUACCCAUCUUAGGCCCUAUUCAGUCAUGGCUGAUGAGGGAAGUUCCAAGUAGCAAACUUGGUUCCUGGAGGUGGCCUGAACACACAGGGAACACACAGGAGGGGGUCUAGGCUCUGUUCUGGUGACAUUUCUGUGCCUUGUGAGGACCGUGCAGUCUUUCUUGUUUAAUAAUAUUCUGGUGUCCCUCAUCCCCCAAGUAGCCUGGGCUCAGCCUCAUUUAGUGAAGGACUGCAUAAGCUGUCAGGGACAGCUGGCAUGUACUGACACCAGUUCCUCAGUGUCCCACAGUUGGGGGCAAGUGGUAACCAAGUCACACUCCUCCACUCCCAGCGUGGCCUGAAUAUGCAGCCUAGUAUCCUAGCAGCCUUUGUGGUAUGGACUCUGUGGCCUGUGCCUAGAACCUUGUUCCUGCUCAUACCCUAACCCGUUCCUGCCCUUCAUCAUUUCAUUCCCUGAAGCAGUCAGCCCAGCAUCUUCUACUAGGCAGCCAGAGUGAGAGAUAUUUAAUAGCCAGAGCUAUUUAGAAUUUCAGACUGAGCUUGUCACUUCCCAGAUGGACCAUAGCCCCGGUUUCUUCCUGAAUCCUGAAUCCCACUUUGCCUGGUGAUCUUUGCUGCCCACCCACCCUUGCUGGAUAGCUGGAACACUCCUCCUUUUUCUCUAGUACUCAUGAGAUUCCCUCUCAUGGUAGCUCUCAUGACCACCUUCCCUCCUGUCCAAAGGGCUAAAAGAUGGGAAGCUAAACACCCCAGCUUCCCAUCCCACCUCUGCCUCACUGUUUGAAGGGCUUUUAAAUAGGUGUCUGUGCCCUUUGAGGUCAGCACUGAGCUGUGCUUCAAGGCCAUAGACUGAACCAAUGUUUGGCUACCAGACUGCCUGUGCCCCAAGCCCAGCUGUGUGAUCUCAGCCCGAUCGGUCAGGUAGCCUCAGUCCCGUGGUUGGCUACUUUAAGAAGGCACUGUCAUUUGUGGAGUUCUGGAGGAAGUGCUUAAGAGUAAAGUAGUGCUUGUUUGCUUCCACUGAGGCUGAGCCCUCACUGCAGGACCUCAGAGACCUCUCAGCUCAUGCUUGGCUAGUGCAGAGAUGUGAAAAGAAGGUAGUGUUGAAUACAUUGACAGGGGCCUGGGGAGUGACUAGGGGUUUAGAAAGAAGUUUCUGGGAUUGGUGACAGGCUGGGACAGUUCUUGUUCAGAAGGUAUGGGGGUCACUGUGCAUUUUAAGAACCUGGAAGAUUUCUGUUAACUUUGAUGAGAGGUCAGUCUUUCCACCAGCUGUGUGUAUCUUAGGUAAAGAGAGGUGCAUUCUGAGGCCAGACACAAGUUGAUUAGAGGUAAGAUACUGAAGACAGAAGGGAGUCAGACCCCUGGGUGCCAGGGAAGGAGUCUUGGUCUCUUGGUCUAGGUAGGUGCUUUAGAGCUACUGUGCUUGCUACUACCACAGGAUAGUAGUCUUGGGCAACUGAGGGCAGAAAAGAGUUUGCUUCUGUGUUGGGGAUUUAGUUAUGUGCUUUGGUGGGAGUUUCUUGUGUGUGCUCCAGGACAGCCUGGGGCACUAUUUUCUCUGCAGUGCUUAGAGGCCUGGGGCACUGACUAUGGGGAAGAGAAUAGCCCAGGAACUCCACCCUCACCCUGUCUGGUGCUACUAGGAGACCUUUGUUUAGCCAGCCUAGUGAUGUAGGUAAAGGGAGCUUUGAGGGGCAUUGCUGGAGUUACCUGGAGCCAAGGAAAUUGGUUGUACUUGGAGUGCUUCUCAGAAAGGAUGGGAAUUAUAACCCACCUCACUGUAUCCUCUGCACUGUAUGUUUUUGAGGUACCCUGCUUCCUCAGGACUAAAUGGAUUAUGGUCUCUAUGACACACUGGCACACCACAGGCUCUGUUUCUCUUAUUUCUCUACUUCAGCCCUGCUUUCUAUCUUCCUCCCCCUGACCUGGUUCUGUGGGUGCCAUGGCUUUUACCCCCUGGAACACUGUACUUGUCUCCACCAACAGCAAGGGAGGCAGGGCUUGAGGAUUGCUAUUCCCUACUCCGUGGACAGCCUCAAGGUGCCUGCCUGGAUACUAUAGCAGGAGGUAAUACAUACAUAGCAUAGACACAAUUUCAGAAAACUGGAGGCUCGGGGGAUUGGGUUGUUAAAACAGAUGGAGGCAGCAUGACUGAGUACCAGGCAAGGAUUAACUAGCAAGGGCUGUGCAUGCACUGCAGUCAGUUUUCUGCAUUCCAACCUGAGAAGGCCGGCACUGUGACCCUCAUUUGCUCAGAAGUUUUAAAUGGAAUCUGGACAUUGGUUUCUAUUUUAUUUCCUAAUGAAUGUGUUGUAUUUUUAUGAUUUGGGCUUUAUUUCCCUUUUUACAGUAAUUUUAUAUGUAUAUAUAUAUAUUGGUAACUUUGGGAAAUUAGUUCUAGUCUACCAUCUGGGGAUAGAACACAGAUCAUCAGGCUUGCAUAGUAAGCACUGUGUCUGCUGAACCAUGCUGGCCUAGGAUAAUUUUCUAAGACAGAGUUUCUCUGGGUAGCCCUGGCUGUCCUGGAACUCGCUCUAUAGACUAGGCUGGCCUCCAUCUCAGGAUCUGCCUGCCUCUGCCUCCUGAGUGCUGGGAUUUAAAGGCCUGCGCCACCACCAACCAGCCUUGUUGGUUGUUUCUAAGUUUCGUCUUCAGUAUUUCCUAUUGUGAAGGACAGUGGGAAACAGGAAUGACAGCUGCUCCCAUCCAGGAGGAGCUGCCAAAUAAUUUGACUGUGUUGAACGUGUAGCACAUAGGAUCGUGCUAGAUAGCUGGGGCCACAGAGCCUUCCCUGGGAAGUAGGGGAAGUAGACCCUGCUUUCCAUUGGAGGUCACAGCCACCAGUCAGUCCUCAGUCAUGUUUUCCAUACAGAUGUUCUAAAAUCACCCAGCUGUCCUUGAGAGAGGUCUAGGCACCUCCAUGUCUUAGCUAUGUCUAGUGGAUUCACAGCUCUGCCACCUUGACUUUGUGCUGAGGAAGACCAGGCUUUCAGGACAAGAUGUAGGACUGGUCUGGGCAGCCUUUGGGCUAGCUUGUCUCAUGACUAGUUUACAGAUUUAGGGCUACAGCAUAGAGAGAGACUCAGGAGGACCACACAAAAAGAGGGUGGGCAGAUGGGAAGGGACAGACAGUGAGCUAUGGAGUCUUAUCCUAGGCCUCAUUUAACCAGCACAAUGGAGAAAGGUCUCGGGAGACUCAAUUAGGCCUAGUCACCCUUUUCCUUUAGGAGAGAAGUGGGUUUACUUAAGCCUGCUGGCCUGUCCCAAAUUCCAGGAGUAGCCCCACACCGUGUCUUCAUGUUCCCAAAGGGAUGGAUGGUUUAGUAAGACAUGGCAUUGGCAUGCAAGGCCUCUAGUUUGGACAGGUGUCUGAGCCUCCUUUUCUUUGUCUGGGUGCUGUUUGGUUGAGGCUGGGUCAGAAAUACUGCAGUAGGAGUUUCUGGGCAUUGCUUUUCCAUCCCCUACUGGUGGUUAGAUGCAUACUGCUAUGCUUUGUUGCAUCAGGGACAAGUGACAAGGACAGGAGGGUAGUCCAGAUGCUUUGACAGUCCUGCCAAAUCAGAGGGCUUAGCUCCCUGGGGUCCUUUUAGAAGGCAACACAUUUAUACCCCAACCCCCAUAAUGGGAUCAUAGCACUUUGUGCAGCUGAGAUUUGAAAACACUUGAAACACUAGCAGUUGCCAGAAAAGAAUUUGGAUGUUUCCAGCCAACUUGAGCCCACGGGAUCAGAUUUGUAAGGAAAAACUAAAGAAAGGAAGGAAGUGUGAAGGCACACUUUCCAAGGUGGCUGUGCUGCUGGCCGGCUAUUGUGAAAGUGGGACCAAAUGGAGCCACGGGGAGGGUUGGCUGUCUCCCUGCAGACGGAGGAGAGCGGUGUGUAUACUGUGAGACCUAGAUGGUUAGGACACACAGUGAAAGAUCGUUGCCGUGCCUGCACUAAGACACGGGAGGCCCCUGGUGACUUGGUUCCCUACCCAGCAUGGCGUUUGAGGUUAGGCCUGAUGGUGGCCUCUUCACAGUGUACUUUACACUAACAUGCCCAGGUUUUUGCAGGCUGUCUUGUCUUGAUGACAGGAAUCCCAAAUCUUUCACAGGGUUCUGUCCUCCAGCUUUUAGCCAUGGUAUGCUACAUGUCUUUGGAGUAGCUUUGCAGCCCUAACUCUGUUGGCCAUGUAAUUGGUUCUGGACCAAACCAGAGUGCUGGUAUAGUUUCUUAGUCUGACAGGGGUAGGAGCCAGUUUUGUCCUGGUUCACCAGAAGCUGUCCAGUGCCAUUGGUCUCUCAGUGCCACAUUGCCUGGUGAGCUGUAGUGACUUGCUGGUGUAACACAAGCUUCUCUGUCCACUGCCUUGAGACUUCCCUGUCACCAAGUUCAUGCAGUGGUUGUGAUGUUUGGUCUGUACGUGCUCCAAUGCUUGGCUUUGUACUUCCUACCUCAUUACAUAACACUUUGGAAUCUGCCCAUAAUUUCCAAGAAGGUAGACUGAAGAUAGCAUAUUUGUGGUCUUGCCAGGACCACUGCUUUGAAAUGAAGACUUCCAAAAGCCAGUUGGCCUUGCUGAGCAAGUGUGCCUUGAAAGAGCACUAACCCGCAUGAUUGACCAAGGCCUCAGUGGGACAGAAGUGACCUCACUGUGCCUGGCUAAGGUCUCCCCAGCCCACCCAGGACAGCAAUCUCUGUGUUCAUGAGAAUCUCUUGUGUUCCUGUCACCCUUCAUGGGCAGCAGUUGGGUACAGGAGAAAGUGUGAUGUCCAGAUACUGACUUGGUGUUUUCAGGGCUCAGCUUGCCCCAGAGAGAGAGACCCCAAAUAUUUUAAUAUUGGAGUAAACCUGAUGGAAUCCCUGCUGUGCGUCAUUGUGACAGGCAGGCUGAGGGGUCUGGGGGACAGAGAAUCAAAAGGUGGGUCUGUUGGGAGAGGCUCUGUGUGCUACCCCCUUGCUGCACACAGCAAGCUUUCAUGGUGGAUAGGAAUGGAGAGGUAGUGUACUGGCUUUGCCUUGGGCCCAGCCUGGGGGAUAUGCUAGUGAAAUGGCCAAGACUUCAUCCUGUUGACAUCUGCCAGAUGUCACUGGGCCCAGUGUGGGGUAAUUUGUUCUUUUCUCCUUGCUGCCUGUGAUUAGAGGCCCUGUACCAUGCCUCAUGCUCAUUUGUGAUGGGCACCAGUAGAUCAAUGACCCACCCUCAGAGUUGACUGCCCUAAUGCAGGCAGGCAGUGUGUGACAUGUCUGUGCCAUUGUUUUGAGUCUUUGCCAUUUUAAAUUUGGGAUCUGUAGUGAUGUGAGGCAGUGGUUAGUAAACAGUUGACUGGGCCCUAUGAAACACCCCCGCCCUGUGUUAAGGCUUGUAACCGGUCCCACCUACAGUAGCUACCAGCAUCCCUGCUGGAACCUAGGCAAAUGCUCUUAGAAAUACUGGCAGGGGGAGGGGACAGGAGAAAGGAGACACCCUUUCGGCCUAGAGCUCUGGAGCUGGGUGCUGAGGCUGGGGAAUGCCACAGGUGUGAACAGUACUUACUAGGAGGUGACCAGCUAGUUCCUUGCUACAUGUGAGUGAAUGGUUUUGGCUGCCAAGCAUGUAGGCUUGAGGGCCUGUGCUUGUCAGGAGCCAUUGUUUUUGACUGGGCACAGCUGGAUGGUUAUGGCUCUUCUCCCAUUACCCUAGGCACCCCUUUGCCUUUCAUCCUGUGGUAGUUCUUCAGAACCUGUCACACCUCCUUCCUCUGGAGGACUCUGAGGCUGACAUGAGAGGGCAUUCUGUGGAGAGCAUAUGAACCUGAGCUCUGCACACUCCUUGUACAUUUAGGGUUGUCAUGGAGAUCUGGUGGGGUUGAAACAGGAGCCCUCAGACCACUGUUGAGCACAGACGCUGGUGCUGCGUCUCGGACCUUUCCCAGAACUGCUGUGUGCCUGCCCCAGAGGGCAUAUGAAUCCCUUAAAAAGUCCUAUUAAACAAGAUCCUAGGUCUCUUGUUUGAAGUAUGGUGUGGAAACUGGGACUCCCGAUGGCUAGACACAGACUCUGCACACCCAGGGUGGGGCAGUGUGCCAGGCACUGAGCUGCUUUCCCAGGGUGGCCGUAGUACCUGCUGCAGGUGCUGUUAAGGGGAGCUCUGAUGUUUGUCUGGAAGUUAGAGCUGUCUGCCUUUUCUGGGAAGCUGGGUAGUUGGCUCCUACGCCUGGGUUCUAGGUGUAGUGGAGACACUACAGGCAGGCUAGAGACUAGUCACCUGGCUGAGACGUGACCAGUAUAGCUACCGCGCAGCUUCUGAGUGCUGACACCUGCCUGACCCAAGGUUAGCCAUUCCCAUUCAUUCCCAUUCUGCUGUGGACAUGCUGUCUCUAGUGCACAGGUAUCUGUAGGGAUGUGCUAAGUUCCAGAGGAGGAGCUGGUGCUUGUCAGUGCUGGGGAGUCCGAUAUGAAGUUGGGAGUGUACUCUGUGUCUUUGGUUGUCGGUCCUUAGACUCCCAAGGUUCUGGAUCCUUAGACUGAACUGUUGUCCUUCCUCAUUUCACUGGAGAGAGAAAGCCCGAGGGAUUUUUCCUUCUGGGGUAUGGGGUGCUCAUUCCUGUCUUCUGCAACAAAGAAAUGUCCCUGCUUUGGCUUCACCGCUCCUACUUUUGUGCCAUACCUACUUUGCUAUGCCUUGCCCCCAUUUUUCCCCAUUUUUAUUAAACUAUAAUUGACAUACACUAAGCUUCACAUUUGAAGUCUGUAGCUAGGUACAUUUGUGUGCCCUUUACCAUAGGCAUGUGACAUGACAAAUACAUCACUGCCAAGAAGCCUUUUCCUGGCCCUCGGUAUUAUUCACCUUUCCUUUCCCGACCCCCAGGCAACUGCUGCUCUCCUCUGAGCCAUUGUAGGUUGGCUUUGCCUUGCCCUUAUUUGAAUUGUGUAAAUCCGUACAAUAUCCAUGCACACACUCCUUUUUAGUUUAAGUGGGGGACAGUCCUUGUCAGUGUAUUGAUUUUGAAGAUUAUCCGUGAUAUAGUGUGUCAUGGUUUAUUUUGUUGCUGAGUAAAAUCCAUUCUUUUUUAUUAUGUGUAAGUAUAGGGGAGGAGAAUGAGAGAGAGUGAGAGAGAGUGUGAGUGUGAGUUAAGGAUGUGUCAUAGUGUGCAUGUGAAGGUCAGAAGACAAUUUUAUGGAAUCAUCUCUUGCUUUCCACUUUUACGUGAGUUCCAGGGAGUGGAACUCAACAGCAAACACCUUUAUCAGCUGAGCCAUCUUCCUAGCCACAGUUUGUGUAUAUGUUGUUAACACUGGAUUGGUUGGUUUCUUAGUUUCCUUACACGAAUGCUUGUGUGGAUAUGCAUUAGAGAUCAGAAGACCACUUCUUGGAGUCUGGAUUUUGGGGCUCAGCUCAGGUGGCAGGGCUUUCUGUAGCAAGCAUCUUGACUUACUGAGUCAUAUUGUUAGCCCCUUGGGCUGUAAUUUCCACCAAGGGUGUUGCAGCACAUGCUUGUCAUGUCAGUGUUCCUAGGUGUGAAGAGGGAGGAUUAGGAGUUUGAUGUCAUACAGAUGAAUGAACGAACGAAUGAAUGAAUGAAUGAAUGAAUGAACAAGCGAGCAAACCAUUUGCUCAAACCUUGAUAAGGUUAGUUCUUCUAAUUUUAGUUGUUGAGGGAGUAUGUGGUGAUUUCUCAUGGGACUUUUACUUUGCGUUUCUUAAUGACUGAUAGAUAGUAUUGACAUACACUGAGUGUGUGUGUCUGCUCUUUUGUAUCUUUCUGGGGUAAAUGGGCUUAUCACUGCCAGCCACCACCCGCCUCAUUUGCCUGGUUAUUAAAUUAAAAGGAUCUUGUUACUGUUGUUUUUGUUGGUUUCUGUGGGAUGUGCAUAUGUGUGCAUGCAACUCUGUGUGUGUGUGAGUGUGUGGGUGUGUGGGUGUGUGGGUGCGCGCGCGCAGGUGGAAGAGGGGGUAAGUCAGAGAACAAUUUGUAGAACUCUGUUUUCUUGUACUGUGCGUGUCCCAGGGACACACUUGAUGACAAGGCAUUAUGUGUUGUCUCAAUAUGAUUUAUGUGAUUUCAGAAUCAGCUUGCCACUUUCUCCAAAAGUAUCUGCUUGAAUUGACCUUGAUCUUGCCCGAGUCCACUCUGGAUUGGUUUUAGACAGUGGAGUGCAAAGCCUUGGUGUCUGCAUUGACAUCUGUCUAUUUUCUUAGCUGUGUUUGUAAGUUUUCCAUGCUGAGGUUUUAUAUGUAGUGAGAUUCAUCCAUAUGUAAUUAUCUUGAUAAUUUUAAAGAAUUUAACAUAAUUUAUCUUGUGCAUAAGUGGAGGUCAUGGGACAGCUUGGGAGUAUGGGACUAAACUUGGGUUGUCAGGCUUGGUUGUGCUUACCUUUACUCACUGAAUCAUCUCCUGGGCCUUUCAUAUUUUACUUGCUCUUGUCAGUAGGGGAUUGGCUUGGAGUCUUUAACUUGUGAACCUGUGUUGGAAAUACUUUGUCCUAUAGCUCUGCUCAGAUGCCCUAAGAGCUUCACAAGAACUAACAUGAACGCAGGGUGUGGCACUCACCCCUCUUUCCUGUUUGGAAGGCCUCUUCUUUUUGCCUAAUUGCAUUGGCCAGCACCUCCUGUCCAGAGCUGAGUAGAACUGACUGCCUCUUUCUUAUGACUGUUCUCAGGGAGGAGACAAGUGUGAUCUUGCUGCCCUGGGACAGGUUCUCUGCUCUCAGUGACUGGAUUUCUCCAGGGCCAGCUGCCCAUGCUUUGUUUAUUGUGGUUUGGGCUUUCCCUUUUGGCCUUACUUACUCUACCCACUUACCCUCCUUUUCAGAUGAUAGCCACCUGCCCUGUCUCCUCUCCGCUGCUUUCUUUUCUUGCUUGUUCACAAAAGUGUCCUCAUCUUACUGGUGACACUAGCAGUGUGGAAGCAGGUAUGUGCCAACUGCACAGGGAGAUGAGGUUGGUCAUGAGCCAGGCUAGCUGGCACCCUGGUGUGUGUAGAGACAUAUGUCAUGCUGAGUAGAGCUCAUGGUACUUGGUCCCUGAGCACUGCCUGCCUGUCCCCAGGUUGUUUCCACUAGGUGACAGGGAGCUGUCCAGAGAGCUCCUUGUGUGGUGCCUCCAAAGUGCUUUGGUUACCGUCAGCUGCUCUGAUCCCAGCAGAUGUGGUGGACAGUUCCAGGUGAAUUGCGUAGUGCGUUCUAUGCCACUGGUCUUAGGCAGAUGGGGUUAUGUUGAUACUGUUGAGACCGUGGUCCACAGGAGUGGAAGCUGCUUGCCUCCAUCUCCAUGGGAUAUGUGGCCUUCUAGAGUGCAGGAUUCUCACAGAAUAGCUUAUGUUCAGUUUAACUUUUUAAAUUUAUUUUUUGAGAUUGGGUAACCUGAAACUUGAUAUGUAAUCCUGGCUGGCCUCAAACUGAUGUUCUCCUGCCUCUGUCUCCCUUGGGACUUAUUUUUAUGUGUAUAAGUGUUUUCCUCACGUGUAUGUCUGUGUACCACAUAUAUGCCAGUUGCCCUCCAAGGUCAGAAAAAGUUUCUUGAGUUAUGGAUGAUUGUGAGCCUCCAAGUGGGUGCUGGGAAGUUGAACCCUGGCCUUCUGCAAGAACAGAUGCUCUUUUCGUAACUGCUAAGCCAUCUCUCCAGUUUGCUAUUGUGUUUUUACUUGUUUUCUAGCACUCCCUAACUCCAUGUUUUGUUUUGGAAGUGGGGUUCUCUCUGUGUCGUCUGGGCUGACCUUAAACUCACUGUACUUCUGAGUGUUGGGAUGACAGGCAUGUAGCACCAAGUGAACCACCAAGGUGUGUGUUAGUGUGAACAUGCAUGUUAAGUCAGAGAAGAGCUGCCUAUCAUCAUUGUCGUCCUCUUCUUUUUUUUUUUUUUUUUUUUUUUUGGUUCUUUUUUUCGGAGCUGGGGACCGAACCCAGGGCCUUGCGCUUCCUAGGUAAGCGCUCUACCACUGAGCUAAAUCCCCAGCCCAUCCUCUUUAUUUUCAAGGCAGUAUGUCUCACUAGCCUGGAACUUGCCAAGUAGGCUUGACCGGCUGGCCAGUGAGCCCCAGGGACCUGCCUGUACCCUACCUCUAGUACUGGGAUGGAAGCACACAUCUGCACACAAAAGCCAAGAAUUCUUUCUCUAGCUCCUAAGUAGGCUAUUUGACACAACUUUUAAAAAUACAGUAUCCUUCAAAAAAGUACAAGCUGUAAAAACUAUUUAUAUAAAUAUUUAUUUACCUUUGUGUAUGAUGUGUACAUGGGCAGGCAUGUAGAGACUUUCCGUAUGAUGGAGAUGGCCUGGUUAGUACAUAGUAUGUUGUCUGUGGUUUCCCAGGCUCCCGUGAGAGCUGGGCUCGGGCACCUGGUUGUGCUUUGUGCUGGUGCAGGAUGCCAGGUGGCACCCACCAUCUGCUCUUAAUCAGCCUGAGUACACACACAGCUUCACUGUCUGUGUUCAGCUGGCUCGGGAGUCUGCUUCUUAACAGUUCCUGGAAAGCUGGCUUGCUCUUGUUUGAGAUCUGCCUUCUGCACAAGGUGUGGACCAAGUACUGUGUUUCCUCCCUCAGUGUUGGGUCAUUUCCAGUCUCCUGUAGCUGAUGUUCUUAGCAGCUCUUCUAUCAAAGAGAGGCCAGGUGGAGGAGCCCCAACCAACCUGCUGUCUUCAGACGGUUGGUCACCAAGACCCUUCUGUGAGGAUUGAUGACAGAAAUGGAAAGUUGUGCCUGGCUUGCAAGUUUUCCAGUUAUGUGGGUGGAGCAAUGGCAAACUCACAGAUGACACUUGUAGGAGCUGCAUGCACUCAAGAAGGGCUGUGCACUGAACAGAGUCUUCAGAGUCUAUUUUGCUACUUUGCUCUCGGGUAGCCUGUGUUGCUGAAGAGGCUAAUUGUGCAUGCAGACAUCAGUUUCUGCUGUUGCUCCAUGCUCUGGAGUGCUUUACGGGGCACAAUGAGUGGUCUGCAUGCUGCUUGCACCCAGGCUGGGUUUCUCAUCUCCUGGGCCAAGUUGUGGCAUGUGGUGGCACGUUCUGCCUGUCUUGGCUUAUUUCAGGGCAGGCAGAGCCACUUGGAUUGUGACAGGCUACCUUAGGUGUUGGGUAUUCCUCAGGGAGCAGUAGGUCCUGUUUAUAGGGAAAUGCUUUGUAUAAGCGGUGGCAGUGGUUGUGGGGUCUGCCCCACUGUCCCUCGUCUGAGAACACUGUGAAUGGCAAACCUGGCCACACUGAGUUUGAGGCAUCCACAGGGUGGUGGGGAAAGCUGCCUUAACCAGGAGACCAUAUGAUCCACAAGGCUAAUGGCACUGGGGACACGUACCUCACCAGGCUCCGUGACUUAUCCAGGCAUCAGCAAGGAAGACGAAGAGACUAUUUCCCCCGAGCAUGCCCUGCAGCACCCAUUCUGUUCAUGAGUUCCUUAACAAUUUGCAGGGAGUGCACAGCACACUGAAGUCUCACAGAUGGCUUGUGGGUGCCAUCUGUGGCAUGUUUUGGUUUGAAAAGCACAGCUUUCUUGCCAAUCAACACUUCCAGAGUCUUUUAGGUUCAGUGAGCUUUGUAAAUUUUUGUCUAGACUAUUUCUUUAAAAAAAAAUAACAAAACAAAACAACAAAAAAACACCUAAAACCCACUAAGACACUGUUGGAUUUUCAAGGGAUGUUGGUGUAGGUUCUGAGGACUAUGCUGCACAGAUGUGGCUGAAGUUUACUGGCAGGCAGUGCCUAGGAGCUCUGGCAGUCACUCCAUAUAUCAGCUUCAGGAUACCUACCAUUGGGCAUGAACUGUGCUGAGAUGGUUCUUCAACAGCCCUUGAGAAAGGGCAAAUGACACAACACUGAGACCAUCUGGAAUGCCAACUUCAAGUAGCUGUGUUACCCGUGUGUUUCUCUGCUGUUGCCAGCUGGGGCAAGCACAUCACAGGAUGCUUACAUGCUACUUACUACUCCACCCUACACAGGAAAGCGCCACGCUUUUGCCUUCUGUGGUCCAUGUGGACCUUCCUGUCCUGCAUGGACUCAGUCUCCUCACUGUAAAAUGCACAUACUUGGGUCCCAUUAGCAUCGAUGCCUCUGGGAAACAAUGGGAACUGCCAGCGUCGGGGAUUUUGGUUAGCUGGGGGAGAAGAGGGAGUGGUGAGCUGACCUGUGGGGAUACUGGAACUAGACUUGGUGUCUUGGUUUGGUUUCCUGUUUGAGCUUGUAGCUGGAAAUUCCCCAUGGGUAGUUGUUUCUCAGGCCCCAGGGGUUUACGAGCAUAGUCCAGAAGGAGGAAUCUGAUGGUGCUGUUCUACUCACAGAACUGAGAUUCACCAUGAUGUCUAGUUUCUCCUGCUGGGCUUCAUUUUAAAGAGGACUCCAAGCCUUUGCUGGGAAGAGUUUGCAAAGAUAGUCUGGUCUUCUGGAGAGGCCAGAGAUGAGAGUUGAUUCCAGAUAUGGCCACUGAAUGGGCCUUCCCUGCCAGAGGAUGGCACAAGGCAGUGCUGGGCAGGACAAGGUUACCCCACCCAUCUAUGAGAAGCCACCAACCUGGCAUCCUCCACUUUGCCUCAUGUACCACACAAUAGUAAUAUUCAAAAUCCUUUGGGUCAGAAAUGAUGGCUCCUUUACUCCUCAGCUUGCCCAUUCCUCCUUGCUGAGCCUACUGUAGCCCCCAAAACCUGGCCAAAGCUGUGCAGAUAUCCCUGCCACAUGUUCCCACUUCAACGUAUGGCAAGCCAAUGUAUGAGCUGACCUGUGGGGAGACUAGGGCUCUAAGACUUGGUGUCUUGGUUCCCUGUUUCAGCUUGGGGCCAGAAAUUCCCCAUGGGUAGCCAUCCUCUGGCAGGCCUCUCCCUGUACACAUUAGCUUUUGAGUUAGUGCUGUUCCACUUGGGACUCUGGAUGCUGUCAGAGGGAUGCAGGAGACCUGCCUGGUGUUCAACCCUGGUGAGGUGUUAUAGCUCCUAGGGUAUACUUUUUGGCUCAGGUCUGUCAGAGCAGCUCAGGAGCGUCUGAAGAUAGAAGACCUUGUACUCUGAGUUAAGUUAGGAAGUCCUGCUGACUGUCCCCAGCCCUGGAGGCACUGGCAGAAAAACAUUCAUUGUACCUCCACCUCCCAGAGUCUCCUAGAGCCAGAUUUAAGCAUGAAAGGAAAUAGUCACUAGUAGAAUAGUCACUGCCUCCUGAGGGGUGUCAUUUGCCAUGUCUGGGUCUCAGCAAUGCCAGACCUGGUGUUUUCUGCCUGGCUUGCUUCUCUUCCUCAGACUCACAGUGAACUGAGCUGUAGGUGUCAUGGGUUUGCCUACCAGGAAUUGUGAGUCAGCACAGGCUGUAGCCUAGUAGGGAAUGAAGCUGAGACUAUUUUGGGCCCUUGGAUCUUUGUGUAUAGAUAGGUAGGUCCCUGCCUAAUACCUAAUACUUAGUACAUGUCAUGGGGUGGUACCUUCCUGUUACCGUGACAAAAUGCCCAGCACAAUCAAUUUAACAGUAGGAAAAUUCUCUCUCUCUCUCUCUCUCUCUCUCUCUCUCUCUCUCUCUCUCUCACGCACGCACGCACGCACGCGAGCAUCCUUGGACUUGCCACAGUGGCUCCUUAGAUGCCCUAAGGCAUGCACCCAGUGGCCUGACUUUGUCCACUGUUUCUCAAUGCUCUAUUAUUAAUAUUCAUGUUCCAUCAGGGCCUGCGAUGGUUCCUUGAUGCACCCUUGUAUGCACCCACAGGGAUGCCACCUGCUUCCUUAGUGCCCCUGCUGGCCACUGCAAAUGUGCCUUCCCAUUGGAGCCACUGUACGUAGUAGGCAUGUACUACCACACUGAAAGUCCAGCAAUGCAAAUGAGUAGGCAGAGCCUGUCACUGAUGGGGAAGGGAGGGGAGGCAAGCUUGGCCAUAUUGCUUGCUAAGGUGAUACAGAUUGAUCUUUGUCUAUUCAGGCAGCACUGUAUGCAAGUGCAUGGCUCGAGGCCGGGUGCCGGAGCACUCCUUUUCGCCAGUUGGCAGGGUGCUUGGGAAUAUUUGGGCACUGGGAAUGAGUAGAAAAGUAUCAGGCUAUUCUUGACAGCAGCAGGUUGUAAAUGGCUCCCAGGCCUGCUGCUAGGACUUUGAGCUACAGACCUGCCCUGAAGCUGUCUUUCAGAGCACUGCCAAGAACUCCCCAGGCAGAAUCAGAACAGCAUUCAGGAGAUGAGUGGGUGGGUGUUGACAUACAGAUCCGGAACAUGGUGGCAGUAUUGGAAGUGAUCUCCAGUCUGGAGAGAUAUCCUAUCACCAAAGAGGCACUGGAGGAGACACGACUAGGGAAACUCAUCAACGACGUCCGUAAGAAAACCAAGAAUGAGGAGCUGGCCAAGCGGGCCAAGAGGCUGCUGCGGAGCUGGCAGAAGCUCAUCGAGCCCGUACACCAGAAUGAAGUGGCACUACGGGCACUGGCGGGGGCUGCAGGCUCUGCCAAUGGGGGUGCACACAACUGCCGGCCAGAGCUGGGAGUGGCUGGUGCACCCAAGAGCAUCCAUGACCUGAAGAAUCGCAACGACAUCCAAAGGCUCCCUGGGCAGCGGCUAGAUAGGCUGGGCAGCCGUAAGCGCAGGGGGGACCAGCGUGACCUGGGUCACCCAGGGCCACCCCACAAAGUUUCCAAAGGCAGUCCUGACCCCCUGGUCCCCAAUGCAUCCCCUCUCCCCACCAAUGGGAUCAGCGGGAGCCCAGAGAGCUUACCCAGCCCCCUGGAUGGGAGUGGGCACUUGGGCCCUGAUGGCAGCCGUCUGGAGCUCAGCGAGAACGAGAAGCACAGCACCAAGAUCCCCGUGAACGCCGUGCGGCCACGUCCCAGCUCCCCUGGUUUGGGCAAGCCCCCAGUUCCCUGCCUGCAGACCAAGGCUGCACAGUUGCAGCCAUUGGACAGGGCGGAUGAGCCCCCAGGCCCUCCCUAUCCCAGGGGGUCCCCUCGCUGCUCCAUCAGCCCCCGGAACUCACGGCACGAAGGCUCCUUUGCCCGGCAUCGGAGCUCGUAUAUACCCAAGGGCCCAGUGUCCAGCCCUUCCCCCCGGCCCCAGCCAUUGGACACCACACAGGUACCAUCCCCACUCCCGCUGGCCCAGCCGCCCACGCCCCCUGUGCGGAGGCUGGACCUGCUGCCUAAUGCUGAGAGCCCUGUGCACUGGCCAGAGCAGCCCGAGGGCCACCCACGGCUAACGGGGCCAGCCUGCAGGGCUGGAUUGUCCCCAGAUUCCUCCAAGGCGGACAGUGAUGCUGCCUCUUCGGGUGGCUCGGACAGCAAAAAGAAAAAAAGGUACCGACCUCGAGACUACACAGUGAACUUGGAUGGGCAGGUGGCUGAGGCAGGCGUCAAGCCCGUGAGGUUAAAAGAGCGGAAGCUCACCUUUGACCCCAUGACAAGACAGAUCAGGCCUCUGACCCAGAAAGAGCCAGUUCGGGCUGACAGCCCCGUACCCACAGAACAGCUGCCUAGGACAGAGCUGGAGCAGCAGGAGGCCAAGGCCAGCCUCCAGAGCCCUUUUGAGCAGACGAACUGGAAGGAGCUGUCGCGCAAUGAGAUCAUACAGUCCUACCUGAGCCGCCAGAGCAGCCUGCUUUCAUCCUCAGGCGCACAGACCCCUGGUGCACACCACUUUAUGGCUGAGUACCUGAAGCAGGAGGAGAGCAGUCGGCAAGGGGCCCGGCAGCCCCAUGUGCUGCUGCCACUGCCCACGCCAACUGACCUACCAGGGCUCACGCGCGAGGUCACACAGGAUGAUCUGGACAGAAUCCAGGCCCAGCAGUGGCCGGGGGUUAACGGGUGUGAAGACACACAGGGUAAUUGGUAUGACUGGACACAAUGUAUAUCGCUCGACCCUCAUGGUGACGAUGGGCGCUUGAACAUUCUGCCUUAUGUCUGCUUGGACUGAGCACCUGACCUGGCCACCAUGUGCAUUCCCACCUCGCAGGGAUUAGGCUGGCCAGCUGGGAAGACGAGCAUGAGGCUCGCUCUCCACCCUCCUUUUUUGAAAUGCUGCUACCAGUUUACUAACGUUGCAAAGGAAGGGCCGCUCGGGGGAGGGGCAGAUGGCUGAGGGAGUCUAGAACUCUAUAGUAAGUCAGCUAUGAAGCGUUAUUCCCCAUCCCAGAAGAGGUGCAGAGCCAUUCUUAAGCACCGAAGGAGGGACCUCAGUGGCAGGCAGGCACAGGAACCCUGUGGGAGAGGUUACCUUAACAGCAACAGACGCACAUCUCAUCUCUGCAUCUCUUGCUCUUUGGCCAUGGUGUCUCUGAGGCACGGGCCACUCUGGAGCCAGUGGGUUCUUUUUUUUUUUUUUUUUUUUUUUUUUUUUUUUUGUUUUUUUUGUCCCCCUCGUGUUGUGUGCUGGAAGCUUCUCUGCUGUGGUGAACCCUGGCAUUGGGUGGGUGGGCCAGCCUCACCCACACUGCACAGUCGUCCACCCAUUUGUAUAUGGUUUCAGUUCAGUCCCAGUUCUUAAAGAAAUGCUGCAGAAACUUAAGUUUUGUCGUUUAUUUCAUCCUUUUUCCCCUACCACCAGCCAAAUGACUUUUCCUUCCCUUCUUUCCUUUUCUGCACAACUCUAGGAAAUGCCAUCUUUCUAGAGUCUGUAUAACCCUACAAAGUUCCCGAGGGUGCUACUGGUGUGAGUUGCCCUGCUGGGCUAGGGGAGAGCCGUCUGUUUGCUGGAAACACUCAUAACCAUUCCUUUAGAUUCGUUUGCCUUAUGGUUGUCAUAAACUCGAUUUGCAAAAACAAGGAGCCUUAGUGAAUGUACAGUACCUAGACUUCUGUGUUCACGCAGAAGGGAGCAACUUUGCUAUUUGGUCCAGUAAGUGGACAACUUGUGAUAUAAAUGUGGAAAUAAAAACAUUUGCACAAACCAGUUUUGGAAUCAUUUCUCAUUUGCACAUGAACAGCUAAAUCUAGCCUUUACUAGAUUCUACUAUGGGGAAGUCACUGGAGCCCACAACCAUACCCACUGGGCCAGACUAAGUGACAUUCCUUUAGCUUUAAUUUUGUAGCUGCAGGCCAGGGUCUGUCUCUACUUGCUUUUCAUUGAUUCAUGGUCAACCACAUCCCCUGGGUCACCCACCUAGAAGAGCCCCUGCUGCAGGCAGUGUAGCUCCUCUUAGUGACAUGGUGUGCACCUUCCCUGCCCACCAGUACUUUGCUGACAUUGCAUGACCCAGAUGUACAGGACUACUUUCUGGCCUCGGCUCUGGGCUAGCAGCUGCAGGCAGGCUCGAGGCUGCCUCCAUACCUGACAGGUGCCCACUAAGAUGUCACCUCGUUAUAAAGUAAUGAUCUAGCUUUCUCUUCUCCCUCAGUUAAUAAGCCAAGAUUGGCUUUCUAGUAUUUUUUUCACUCUUACUAUCCAUAUCUGCUUAAUUUCACAGAUGAGUUAAGUUACUCAUAAAACAGCUGCUUCAUGGUUUGAGCCUUAGAACAUACUUUCUGGUCUGGUCGGUACCACAGCCAGCCCAGAAUCAGUUUCAGAGCCAGUAGGAGGAAUUUCUGAGGUUUGUUGCAGAAUGGCCCCACUCCCAUUACAGGGCCAUUUGAGGAGGUAAAACCCCAGCUGGGUGGCCCUGGGGUAGUGUUAACUCCUGAGCACAACUGUAGUGAAAAGGCUUCCAGAGUUGACCAGGCCCAAAUCCAAUAAGCGAUAAAAGCAAGCACAACACAUCAGUGGAGCCAUCUCACACUGCUCUGUCCAAAGUUCUAGUUCCUCUUGUGUCUACUUUACGACAAAGGGUUGUACACCAAGUUGAAGGGGAGCUCAGUGUCCUGUCACCGGAUUCUUAAGACUCCUGCUUUGGGACCAGGCCAUUUACUACUCAGAUCCCAACUCGCAGGAACUGCCACCUCUGUGCUGAGUAUCCAGCAAAUCCCAGAGUAUACAAAGCCUACCCUCAAGAACAGGGUGAGUAGGUCGGCAUGGUGCUCGGGAGGCAGAGGCAGGCAAACAGGAGUUGAGACCACUGAAAUCUACAAAUCGGGUCCAGGACAGCCAGGGAUGUUACACAGAGAAAUCUUAGCUCAAAAAACCAAAACAAAACACGGGUGAGGUGGGAAGACACCCCAGCAUUCAAGGAGACACUGUAAAGAAGAAUAUUGAGGUCGGCGAGAUGGCUCAGCAGAUAAACGGGGCCAGAGUCAAUUUGGUUCCCUGGGUGCACAUGGUAGAAUCAAGUCCUCUGACCUCCAUAUGUGUACACACACUCGUGUCCGCCUCCAUAAAUGAAUACAUUUUGAGGAAUGAGACCAACUUUUCCCACAAACACUUAAAAGCACACGAUCUUCAGAAUCGACUUUUGUAGUCUAGGAUCACGGUGCUGAAGUCUUGUCCUGCCUUUGUGUGUUUUGGCCAGCAGCCUCCGCCCGGCAUCGUACGGGUCAGCAGAGCUCUUAAGACACUGUCUCAGGAGGCGCCUAGCCCUGGGUUUCGCUCGGUUGGUCUGUGAGGGGAAGGUGACACCUACCGCACCGCUUCCGAGGACCCGGCGUUGUCCAGAGGAUUUACCACAAUCGGUUUCUUUUUGUCCUAAAAGAUUUUAGUCCUGUCUGCACCCCAGACACGUCGCUUCCACAGCCUCAGGUGGGAGGGGCCGCAUCGCCCCGCACCUCUCACGGAGGUUCCCCGCAGUAACCAGAGCACGAAAUACUCUGGGCGCAUGCGCGGGAAUCAAGGCCGGUCUUCC